CAGCACUUCAUAACACAGCUCACGGUGUCACCAUAGUAACAGAGGGGGUGUGCCCUGGAUAGUAGGCCUAAGAGAACAAUGCCUGAGUACAAGGGGUUGUCCUGGGCGUGAGAGCUGGGAAAGGCCGAGGAUUUGAGGCCCUAGGACCAUGCCUGGAGAGGAGGCCCAGGUAGGAGGCCUGUGUGCUGCUCUAUAGGAUAACAUAUUGCAUGCCUUGCAGACAGUGACUGCUUUGUACUCCCAUGUGGGUGGUGGGAUCUCAGACAGCAUUGCCUAUCAUCCCUGCAGCUCUAACAGACCCUAUAACCCAUCAUCCCUCCACGUCACGUGACAUGGUCAACCCAGGAGGCAUGUGAUGGCUUAAAUCUCAACUAAAAUGGGAAAAACUGCAAAUUCAUCCUCUGUUAUUGGGUCUGUCUGUAACAUAGAGGGGCACAGUCUGGGCUUGGUAUUAUUUUAUUUUUUUGGCCAGGACCCUGAUAGGUCAUAAGUCUUUUAUUGUAUGGAGGUUUAAAAAAAAAAAAAAAAGGAACUGCACUCAAUCCCAUCACUCUGAGCCAGGGUGUAACCGAACCAGGUCCCAGAUAUUAUAUGCAGAAAAUACAAAGAGGUUCAGGCGCUCCCAAGCUCCCGAAUGGCAAUUUUAUUAAAACGCAAAGAGGAGCGGUUGUGGAGCUGUACUUACCUUGAGCUGCUCCUCCUCUACGCCAUCUUUUCGCCGCCAUCAUUGUUUGGCUCCUGGUGAUCCCGUAAGACCGUGAAAUGUUCCAUAGAUAAUCUUGUGCAUGCGCAGUAAGGCGCUAUAGGCAUGUAUUUUGCAUCGAGCAAGACGAUGCCUGUAGACCUCCAAACAGUCCUGAUUACAGUAGGACAGUCCCUAUUAUAGGUCCAGUCCCAACUUUUGGGAACUGUCCCCAUAAAGUGAAGAGUGAGCACAUUAUUAGAUACCCUCGGGGUACUUGGACCAUGAAGAGAGAACUGAAACAGUGAUUAGCACAGGUUGGUGUGCGUUUAAUGCCAGGCUGACCUGCCUAUUCUUUGGGUGGACCAUUUCCAGAUAUGUCAAACUGGCAGCUGAUUUGAAAUGUCAGGGUAAAUCCUCUCUGCUGUUGUGGUUAUAGUGCUUGGGAGUGUUCCUUUAAUGGGGUAGGGUUAUUAUAUUUUAGGUCAACGCCAUCUAAAAAUGUGAUUUCUUUAUUUGUACUCUUUGCACCCUCCGGAACAGGUUACAUACAGGUCUGGAUCUUUUGUGUGUUUGUGUAACCCAUAAUCCCUCCAGUGCAAAUCUAUAAAACCUUCAUAUAGCACACCACAUUUCCUAUAAAGCCAGAAGUACUGAAUAUUCACACAACACAUAAUGACCACAUUUCUCAUCAGCCCUGCAGUACCCAGGGGCCAACCUCCGUGAAACAAACUACAUCACCCAUAAUUCUUUACGCACUCAGGGAUCUAACUCCACUUAAUGGAACAUAUUACAAGUCACCCUUGCAGCACACCAACACCGAAUGAAACCACAUCACCCAUCAUCCGGGAAACGCUAAAAGGAUUAUUCUAACAUAAUGAGCGCAUAUAAAGGGAAUGUGAUCUUCAGACUAAAAGGGCAUUAUGUUAAUAUUUCAAAUGGGAUCAUGGAUUAUUUUAGACUGACCCGUUGAUUGUCUAGAUUGUGAUCUUACCAUCACAUUUUGCAGAUGUAUAUGGGGUGUCAUAAGUUAGUGUAAAAAAUGCUGCAGCUUUAAAAAUAAAAUCUUACACUCCUCAACUUGGUAUAUAUGACGACUUAAUAUUCUGGAUUGUAUGAAAAAAAUGUAAGAUAAACACAGAAGAAAUAAGUUCUAUUCUGCUAGGGAGAGUCUAAUGAAUCUGUUAAGCAGAAUCCUAUAUUACAUUUGAUUUCAGUGUAAGUGAGAAUUGGCAAAAUAAUUUAUUUAGGUCUCUGACAAAAAGUAAAAUAAAUAAAUAAAAAACUAUCAAAAUCCACAAAAGAAAAAGUAUACGGUUUGAUUUAUGAACCAAACUGGUAUACAGAACGCUCCCUCUUAUUGCACAAUUGAAUGUCAGUUCUUUCAAUGAGGUCCCGUUUUUUUUAAUAAGAUUAGCAUGUCUAUAACAAUAUGUCACACCAGAUAGGUUUCAUUUGACUUAUUUGCAACAACUUUACCUACUAAGACUUCUAUUUUGACAAUUGUAUGGUCUAUAAACCCUAUUUUUAAAAAAAUAAUCUUUAAACCGUAAAAUUCCAUUAUAUUCACCUAUUCUUUAGGUCAGUAAAAUAGUAUGAUUAUCUAUACUGGUUUGCUAACUGAUUUGACCAUUGAAGAUGUCUGACAGCCAACUCCAGUGAAUAGAACACAAUCCAACAGGAAUAUUAACUAAUGUGAGAAUUGUUGGAAGUUCAAAGGAGCCCUAUAGUGUUAGGAAUACAAACUAAAUUUUAUAUUCCUAAAUUGGUGUGCUACAGCUAGAAUCCUCGUGUCCGUAACAACCUAAAACAUUUAUUUCUCAAUCCAGGAAUAGUGGAGAAUUGAAAUACAUUAAUGUCUACCAGCCAGGUGUAAAAAUAAUCUAAUUAAUCUAUUUUGCCCCCUGCACCACCCUUCACUGAAACACACACCUUUCAGUUUGAAUGUCAGAAGAUCUCUUUAUUCAAGGCAUGAGUUUGACUAGAACAGUUUUGUACCAGUAUCAGUCAUUGCAACCUGCUUUUUGUAUUUAAAUACUAGAAUUAAAAAAUAUAAAGACCUGAGGCACUAUAGGAAAAAAAUGCAAAGUUCCUACAGAAAUGUCACCGUAUAAACCUUCUUACUCAUUUUCAUGUGCUUCUGUAGCAAAAUCUACCAUUCAGCAGCUUAUUCUACAAUAAUUUAAUAAAUAUUUGGUCUGCAUUAAAAAAAAAAACCCUAAACCAAACAAAACGUACAUAAUUAUUCAGUGUAUCUGAUUAAAGACAGAUGCAGCAGUACACAUGAUGCUAUAAGUUUCUUUAAAAGAUGUAGCAGUGGCUGUUGGGUAUCUUGUGGUCAGCCAAUAGGAUCCUGCGGGGUUUGGUUUGCAUCUUGUAAGGGAUAUUCACACAGACAAGCAAGGGUCCCAAGUAACGUGCACCAAUGAUGUGGUAUCUUUUUAGCCCUGCUGCUGCGGUUGUGGACUACGUCCCAUUAUGCACAGCCAAAAGUCGACCAUCACUCAUGUACACUAUGAACGAGCAUGCAAAGGUAUCUAGGUGUGAGAGACAAGCCAGCGCUGCUCACUACGUAUAAAGAUUACCCAGCGUGCUCAGCGCUGCUGCUAUACACGCGUGAGGAAUGAUCUCCUAAGCAGCAUUCACAUUUAAAUUGAUUUGUGUUCCCUUUUUUUGUUUUGUUUUUUUGGUGUGGAUUGUCUUUUGAUGUGGAAGAGAUGGCCUGAUUUUGCAGUCUCAUUUGGCCUAAUUAUUGGUGUAGGUUUGAAGGACUCCCGUUGAGGCUCUGACAGCUUUUGCCCAGUCCCAUGUCCAUUUCUAGGAAGUCUACUGGCAUUUCUUGUGAAUCUUGGCAUUUGAUGGAUUCGUGCCGUGCCACCGUUGUCUUUUUCCUGCAUAGUCCUUUCUUGCACGGUCUUACCAAGGCCAGGCACAGGGCACCAAGUGCCAUCCCGACCGCACAGGAGUAGAAUGCAGAACCGUAGUUAUUUGUCCAGUCCACCAGCAUCCCUAAAUAAAAAGGUAUAAAGGUUAGAUCUAGUCAUGUAUUCUGUUACAGAUAUUUCAUGUACAUUCUGUACCUACCAUCCAGUCUGCCUGACCCUAAAAAAGGUUGUGUUUCUGUCUUUUCUCUUAACGCUUUAAACUGCUUUUCCUAACACAAACAUUAAACCUACAGGUUACUGAAAAAUGUGCCCAGUUUUUGGUUCAAUGAACUUAAAUGCUGCUUGUCUUUUGUGUACGGACCCUUUAUCCCGACCCGACCAGGCCUAUGAGCUAGUGCCAGAGUACAAGUAUUACUCCCUGACAAAGUUUGUGGCUCUCUAAUAGAAUAAGAAAAGACACUCCAAUAGUUUUGCUGGUUAUCUUGACCCCACAAGUCCUGACCACUCGUCUUCCUUAAUUCCUAACUUGUACUUUGGAUUGUGUCUUUUAAGCAUUUGCUUACUCUGGGUUGAACUGUGUAUGGAUGCUGGAGUCCAGUUAUGGUUCUUCCUUUUUCCGUUAUCGUUCUGUUUAAACCCUAGUCCUAUGUGCUAGGAAAGGCUAUACUGGCUCUGGUUCUGUCUGACACGAUCUGCUCAUUUCCAGUCCAAGCGAUACACAUUUAGAACAGUAAAAAUAACGCCAUACAAAACUUGUCAUACGCUAAAAACUAACCUCUUUAAAGGACCACUAUAGUGCCCUGAGGGUGCCCCCGCCCUCAGGAUCCCCCUCCCGCCCGGCUCUGGGGAGAGGAAAAGGGUUAAACAUUACCUUUCUCCAGCGCUGGACGGGGAGCUCUUCUCAUCCGAUCCUCCUCCUCUCCUCCCAUUCGGCUGAAUGCGCACGCACGGCAAGAGCUGUGCGCGCAUUCAGCCGGUCUCAUAGGAAAGCAUUCAUAAUGCUUUCCUAUGGACGCUUGCGUCUUCUCACUGUGAUUUUGACAGUGAGAAUCACGCAAGUGCCUCUAGCGGCUGUCAAUGAGACAGCCACUAGAGGCUUUGAGGGCUGGAUUAACCCAUUUAUAAACAUAGCAGUUUCUCUGAAACUGCUAUGUUUAUAAAAAAAAAAAAAAAAAAUGGGUUAACCCUAGCUGGACCUGGCACCCAGACCACUUCAUUAAGCUGAAGUGGUCUGGGUGCCUAGAGUGGUUCUUUAAAAGUGGCUACUGGUGGUUAGUAAAGUGACAUAUCUGCCGUUAGCAACAACUCCUUCCCCAGACAGGGAUUUGUGAAAAUGUAAAUAUAAUUAAAUUAAAUGGCUGUGUCCAGAAACAUGAUCUUGGCACAGAGAUUCUUUUUGAAUUGUUACCAAUUUGUUUUUGAUUUAGACUAAUCCAAGCCUCUGAGAAUAGGGAAAACAAAUGAUCUUUCCAUGAUGUUCUUUUAAGAUGGGAUGCUAUGUCUACAAUGCUGCCUUGAAACAUCAGAUUCCAGACUGGACUGAAGGCCGGUCACAGUCAGAGCUGGAAGGACAUACCUGGUUGAAGGCAGGUUGGCUAAUCAAGAUGACAGCCAAUGCUAACUUCACCUAUUCAAAAAAAAAUAUCUAUGUGAUGUGUAAUCGGCGGUGGCAUAAGUUUGGGGUAAAUAUCAAUCCACGAGCUUGCGUUCUGUGGCAAGACACUCUGACUGAGAACAAGCUCGGGUUGAGGCUAUGCCAGUACAAAGGUUAGUUAUUGUAAAAUGUGAGAUUAAAGGGCAGCCAGCAAGGUAACUGGCUGAAGUCCCUGAAUCACAAAUACCAAAGUCUGCUUCAUCGUUGUACACAUCAUCUGUUUCUAUUUAAAGGGAAAUUAAUGGUGCAAACACACUGGUAAUGUACUACCUACGUAUACAUUCUAUUUCAUCUUUAUAUAAAUUUGAAUACUGUUACAGAAUUCUAGGCAGCUAACAUAGACUGCUUGUUUAUUGCGAAGAGACUGUUUAAAGAUUGAUACUGUGUAUAAUAAGCAAUCUCCUGACUAUAAUAGGAGACUUCCAAUCGCAAUGAGAAACCAUUAUGUAAUGUCUCCACAAUCCUUACCGGGCUGUUCACUUAUAGCAACGAGAGCCCUGUUACAGCACAACAUUUAAAGAGGGCACAGAAAGAAUGGGAGGAUGGUUAAAAGGGUAGGACAGGUUUGAUAGACAUGUUUCAGUAGUGUAAUACAGAUCUCGUUAAUUCAUUUGAUCUUUAUAGAGAUCAUGAAAAGCCUGGUGAUGUGAAAGAACUAAUCCAUGAUAAACAUGUAAUUUGGCUACCUGCUAAUGGGGGUCCUGCCAGCCCAGCGAUGCUUUGAAUAAAUACAUAGACUCCGACCCCUGAUGCCAUCUUCUCGAUACCAACAAUGUCCUCUUCUGCUACUAAAGGGAUGUGAGUCCCUGUAACCGUCCCCAGCAUGUAGCCAAAAAAUAUGCUACAAAUCAUAAGUGCUGAAAAGUUAUAGGCAAAUGGAAAGGCAACUAGAGCCAGGCACAGCAGGAUGACGAAGAUGAGUUCGAUAUAAAUCUUAUUGAUUGGCUUUUUGUUUAGGAUCCAGCCAGCGCUAAUCCUUCCGAAGACCUCAGCAAUGGCCAUAGAGGACAGCAUGUAAGCCGACAGGUCCUUGUCGAUACCCAGACUUAGGCAGAGGGGGAUGAUGUACAGCGAUGGUGCAAAAAACCCAAGGGUGGCAAAGAGUCCAAAAAGUGCAUAGCACAUAAAACUGGGAUUUCUCAACACUGAAAAAUCAAGGAGAGGCGGAACCUUCUUUUUAGGUUCCGCUGGCUCAAAUAUUGCCUUCUUCUCUGACGGCUCUAUCAGAACCUCUGCUUUCGUACUGCUUGCUACAUUCUUAGGUGAGGUAGAUACUUCGACUCCAGAAUCUAUGGAGUCUAGAGAUGUGAGCGUCUGCUCAUUUUCAAGCAUAUAGGUAGCCUCCUGAUUUUCGCUUUUAAAAGGACCUUUGGGUUCUUCCUGUUUUUUUAUUACAAUCGGCCGUAGCAAGGCUCCACAGACCACAAUGUUCAGCUGCAAUGCUCCUACGGUCAACAGGCAAAAUCUCCAACCAAUGAGGUCAUUGAGCGCAGUGAUAGCUGAGGAGACAAACACUGAAUGAGUAAGCGGAAAUAGCGAAUAAUUAAACUAACAGGGUUAUUCACAAUACUCUGAAUUGUAAGCCUAAAAUCUUGCCAUUUUGACUACAAUUCAGAGUCUAAUCAAUCACUCAGUAACACUAUAUUAUCAGCGUAACUAGCUGCAGGUCAGGGUUUCAAUGAUUUACUCACUAAACAGAGUUUGGAGAAUUUAAAACUGAAAAAUUGUUUUAUCUGAAAAAUCCUUCAGUAUUUUGUGAACCCGAUGGGAUAUACAGUGCUGCCAUUUCAAACAAUUAGAAAGUCAAUCCAUGUUACUGCCCCACGCUAUGCAGUCUGAUGAAAGUGUUUAAUUAAUUAGUUUGAGGAAGGAGCACACUACUAAUCCUUAGUUUUUACCUGGAGCAAAUGCAAAGACUGCAAAACAUUCCCCUGUGGAUGCAACAGCAGUAACCAGGGACCGGCGCUUGUCAAAAUACUGUGACAAAAUGGUGACGGUUGGCAGGAAGCUGAGGCAGUAACCGAGUCCUAGAGGAAACACAAAAAUAUUAUUGUGAAUAAACAAUAUGAUACAACAGCAAGUCUCAGACUUUCUUCUACUUUCCAGCAGAGGUAAAAAGGGCAGUGCCUGCAUAGUGCAACUGGCCAGCAGUUAAAGGAAACUCUAAUGUCAAAACUUUCAUUAAUGGCUGACACACCCACACCUCACUGUGAGAUCAUCAAUGCCGAUUGUCUCGUAGAGAAGCAUUGUGGAGCUACAGCGCAUGCACAGCCGUUCAUCUCGAUAGGAAAAGCCUUGGCUACAUUUGGUGUAGUCAUCUUGUGCAUGUGAAGUCCAUCAAAGGUCUAAUGGGUGUCUUUUCAGAUAAAUGUACACCUUGCCAUUCCUCACGCAAGGCAAUGUUUUACAAUGUCCGAGAAAAGGGACAAGGACCAAAACUAGUACACUGUAAUGCAGUGGUUUUGAUGCUUAUGGUGUCCCUUUUUAAGAUGAAGUGUUUUUGGUGCUCAGAAUGUGCCUUUAAUAUAGUCAUCACAUUACAAAACCCAUACCAUAGCUUGGGUUGAAAACUCAGCUGGCAAAGGAGCAUGGGACUUUUCCUUUUACAACUAACAACGUAUUUAAUAGUUGCGUAUCUCUGCUGCUAUUAUUUAAGAAAAUAUAGAAUGCAGCUUUCAUGCAAAAUGAUAAGAUUGAAUCCCAUUUAAUCUAAAAAAUAUAAAGUAUAAAUCAAUUGUUUAAAUUGAUACUACAGUAAAUAUAGUUUCAUAUUCUGUUAUACUAGCCUCAUUCAUACUGUUACUUAUCCACAGAUAUUUUAUACUACAAGCAAAAGGACUGCGCUGGUCAGUAAAAUGUGCUCAGGUCAAAACCAGAAUGCAAUGCGCACACACCGGUGCAUGGACCACAAAGUGUUAAUGGUUAAAUCUAUUCAUCUUUUUAAUCUCUGUAUUUGCUAGCAACAUCACUGUCACACACUUUAGUGACUGGGUGUAGCUGUGAAUACAAUACAUGCGUGUGAGUCAGACCAUAAAUAAGUAAGAGAAGUUAUCUGAACCCCCUGCUCAGUGUAGGUGAGUGUUUCUCAGUGAAAUCCGAUGUCCAUCUCCAUGUCUUAAAGCAGGCUUACUCAAACUCUGGCCCUCCAGAUGUUGCUGAACUACAACUCCCAUGAUUCUAUGAAUGAAAUAGGCUGAGAAUCAUAGGAGUUGUGGUUCAGAAACAUCUGGAGGGCCGGAGUUUGGGGAAGUCUGUCUUAAAGGGACACUCCAUUGCCCAAAUAAUAAAAUGAAGAAAAAUCUGCUUAGUAGAUCUACCCCCCCAAGGAAAACAUGCCUGCUUUCAAUUAUGCUUUUCCCUUCCCAUUAGAAGGGGGGGGGGGGGUGUGGUGUGUGUGUGUGUGUGUGUAAACAGCUUGCAAAAACUGCAGUUCUCUUGUCUGCAGCCUUUGCAAACCUGCCCCUUCUAAUCCGACCCAGACUGUCUGUGGCUGCCACUUACAGACUUUCCAAUGCAGUUCAAUGAGAAGUCUUUGCAAGGCAGGUGCUUUAGGCAAAUGAGCUAAACAGCCAAGCAGUAACAGGAUUGUUUGCCUGACAGCCAGGGGGAAUCGAACAAGGUCGAUUUAUAAAAAGUGACAAUUAUUUAUUGAAAUAUGCAUAUUUUUGUAAAGUGGAGGGAGUGAAAGGACACAGCUUCAGUAAGGGAUCUGGGGUAUCCCUUUAAAAUAUCCUAUAGAAAAACCUUGGUAAUGUAGUCAUAACAUGAGCCAACUCACAGUACUGUAAUAUGAACAAGGAGUGUUAGAGCUCUUCCUAGUAGAAAUGUAAUGGAGAGACACUUGGAAAUAUUCUUGGAGAUAAUAUUUUCUUAAAAGGUACUUACCUGACACCACGCCAAUAGUGAUGUACAUUUCUAUGACAUUGCGUGCAAAUGAGGCUAGAAUCAUGCCCAAACCAAUGAGAAAUCCUCCAACCAUGACUACAGGCCUGUGUCCAAAUCGAUUGCUCAGUACAGUGGACAAAGGGGCUGAAAUUAAACAAAUGGUACUUUAGUUUCAGUGCUAAAAAAAACCCACCAAGUAUCCAAUGUCAGGGGUUUAUUCACCAAAGUGGGGUGAAGACGAUACAAUGAGCAUUUUAGACCAAAGAAGCAGCAUGUCAAGAUUUUGCCAUUCUCUUGCCAAUUCCCACAAUUCCUAGUUCAGCAAAUAUAAACCCUUCAACCUUUUCUGGAGUGAAUCUACAAUAAGUUCUGACCGGGUGAUUCAUUAACGUGAGAAUUCAAAGUGAAUUUAAGACCAAGGUCAUUAAACUGGAAGAGCUUCACCUUAAAAUCUGAGUAGUAAAUACCACUGUGGGCAUUUUAUUCCUGGUAACCUGACUGUUUUCAUCUUUCCUUAUUUAACAUAAGUGAGCAAAGUCUUCUAUUCCCAUCUUUAAAACUAAAAUGGUCACUAAUCUGGGUUUACAUCGUCCGUACCACCCAUAGAAGCAGUGUUUGUCCCUCCAGAUUAGAGGCCAUGCACAAGAACAGUCCUGAUUCUUUGUCAAUUCCUUAUUUCCAUACAGAGUUGUACUUCUAAUAAGUCUAAGAAGACUCACAUUUGGAAAACCAUUUUCUUUGUAUGAGGAGAGGGCAGAGUCUACAGAAGAUGAACAAGAAGAGGAGGCUAGAAUCUGGCACUUCCUUUUUUUGCUUUUAGGAGAUAUAAAUACCUUCUCAAUAGGCAGAUCGAGUUUGCCGAACACCAGGAAUUUAAUUCGGUCAAAUCGCUUAAAAUGCAUUUUUGUACAUGUCAAGAGGACCUUAAAGGAUCUCAUAGUUAAUGUUCGAAAUUCAUCCCUUAGAACUAGUCUCAUGGUUCUUGGCACGUUAUAAGGCAGAUAGUUUAGCCAGUAAAGAUCUCUUCCCUGCAAUGCCUACCUGUGAAUGUAAGGACAAACACACAGAUGGAAAUGAUCCAUGAUAUCCUGCUGUUACUUUCGUCAAAGUAGACCAUAAGCUCAUUAAAAAAAACUCCAAACGACUUGAUCACUCCAUACGUAAACACUUCCACAAAGAAAAAGGCCACGGCAACCGCCCAGCCCCAGCCGCCAUCAGGCACUUUGGUAUAAACAUUGGCGCUGGUGCACUUCUCCAUGGCUGUCAUUUUCGCCCUGAGGACAAAGUCAGAUAGUACAUCUAAUUAAACAUAAUCCACAGACUGGGUUAAACAGUAUUUAGUAAAUUAAGUUCUCUGAAAAAGAUACAUUCUUCUCCAUUACGUAUCUCUUUAUAUCCAGAACCAAGAUGACUGUAAAACUUAAAGAGACAGACAUUCCUAAACAGAAAUUGAUAUUUUUGUCUCCAGGAAGUCUAUUUUAUAGUAGGUGGGAGGAAGAACCUGACGCUCGUCUGUAUUAUAGCAACAGCCUGUGAUUUCAAAUCUAGCUGAUAUUCUGCUUGGCUGAAAAGUGCUGCUAAUCAAUGUACCUUUUUAAUAUUUUCAGCGCAUGUAGUUGAUGUAACUUUUUUUACAUACUAAUUUCUGUCUGUGUGAUGUUGCAUAGAAGAGUUAUUCAUAUGGCUGUCCCUCUAAUAUGACAUGAAUUUGAACUAUAUCAACAGGUUUCUAAACAUAAAUUAGAAAGGAAAAUAAGACUUCAGAAUGAAUACGGACUUGUGCAAUUUCAAAAGAAGCAAACGUUUAGCACAUUCUUCUUCGUAUUCUAGGUGAGUGCACUUUAAAAUGAAUCAUUUACACUGUGUGUAAGCAAUGUACAGAGCAAGGCGGGGAGAGUGAAUAUUUAGCCCUGGUGAGCAGUGAGUGUGACAUGGACUCUCAAGGCUUGCUCUGGCAUGUAACUUUGAUGGCCUGGCUAGUACUGUAAGACCUGAAAUGUUUAAACUCUUUGGGAAAGGAUGUGAUUGAUAGAUAUGGUAUGUUUAACAUGUGCACUAAUUUACUUGAUGGCGUGGUUUAAAAAGAUUGGAGAUCUCUAGAUAACUUAGAAACAUGGGAAGGAAACGUGAGAUCUUGGUUAGACCAAGCUAUCUUUAGAAUGGUGUUCCCAAUCCUAUGACAUGACCUCUGUUUGGGGGUCUUGGCGUAGCGUGUAGAAGGACUGCAUCUCUGUAAACGUAAAAUCUCACGAAAGAAUAAUUAUCUACGAUCUCGCUCCUGAUAUAUUAUGUGUAUUCGAGCUGAAAUGUGGGUAAAACCUUUAUUUAUUUUUAAUCAAAAGUGGAAUUUUUUUAAAAAAAAUUUUUUGAACACUCUUGGGUGAUUUACUUUUAUUUAUUUUUUUGGGCAGAAAAUGUUUGUUUAUAAAUAGGAGCUGACACUCCAUUUAGACUAGAACUGUAGAGAUUGCUUGGAGGUGUGUGCCCCCCCCCUUUAAAGACACCCUAUGGUCACCAGAACCACUACAGCUAUAGCCUGCCCCUGCAGACUUAGCACUGUAAAUACUGACUUUUGAGUCACUUAGACGGCCACUAGAGGGGCUUCCUAUAUCAGUGCUGCACCGUCGUUUUUGCAUGGACGCACUGAAUGUUCCCCCAUAGAGCUGCACUGAUCCAGUGCAUCUCUAUGAGGAGAUGCUGAUUGGCGCACCAUGGGAAAUAGCCACCCAGUGCUUUCCUAUGGGAAAAGAUUCCAAUGGCUGAGCUCGGACACGGAGGUGGGACCAGCCACAGCGCGACCGGCGCGGCAUGGGAGUAAAGGUGAGUUAACUCACCUUUAAUAUUCGGUGAGACAGGGACCUAAAGCUGCAUCCCAGCACUUUAGUGUCAGGUGUAUUUGUAUUGUAUUACUGACACUAUAGUGUUCCUUUAAUUUAACAGUUAUGAUGAUAUGAGCAGGUAGCUCGGUGGUACUGCCACCUGGAGGGGAUGGGGGAUGAGGUUAUUGCACUGGCAGACACAUAGUUUAAUAGACAGAAUAAGACUACUAAUCUGCCUGACUUUUGGGCGGGGGGGGAGAGGGGGCUAGAUCUUUAACACCACACCAGAUUUAUAGCUUGGAUGGGGUUUGAACAAGUGGGGUGCUGCCUGCUUGUGCCUCAUUGUACCUGCCUCGUAGAGUGCCUUCUACAGGAGUACUGUGGGUGACUGCUGCAGGAUGUAAAUAAAUAAAAUUUUAAAAAGCCAGUUUUUUUUUUGUAUUUAUUUUUCAUUUUUUUUAUUAUACUUGUGGAACACCGAUUAGAUUUUUUGAUUAUAGUAUAAAAUAUGUACCGUGUGGAUAACAAAAUGUUGCUUUUGCCCUGAUUGAAGGGUAAAUCUAUUUUUUUUUUUUUUUUUUUUAAUAUAAGGCUUGUGCCAAAUAUUGUAUGCCAUGCAUCUGUCCUGACUUGACAUCCUGUUGGUGGGAAAUGUUAACAGCUACUGCCUUAUUACCUGCAGAUCCUAAAUUAUGCCUGGUCACCGUAGGUCCCCAAUGGUUCUCUGACAAGCAUUGUAUUGGUCUGUGGUGUGUCUGGGAGAAGAGAAAAGUUCUGAAACAUCUGUCACCAUUGCAUUUAUUACCACCAGUGAUUGCUGACCUUGAAACUUCAGAACGUUCUGCGAUUCUCAGCCAGCACGAGAGCUCAGGAAUGUAGUUUAUAGCCAUCACUGGUGCUAUACAGUGUACCGGUUUGUCAGGUACAUACACUAUGCAGACAAUGUACAGUACUCAAGGUACUAGUCGAUAUGCUUGGUUUUAAAUUGAGUUUUUUUGAAGGCUUGUCUUCAUUCAUUGUGUUUGUUUCUCAUAUGGAGUAUUCAAUGCAAAAACGACUAAAAUGUCUAUAAAGAGAAGUUUAUUUUCAAACAUCUAUUAUCAAAACUAUCUGAGUUUAAAGCCAUGACCGUUAAGCUUUUAGUAAGUCAGAUAACCAUAUUGGUUAAGCCCUAUGCCAGCAUCUUGUAAAUGACUGGACAGGAAAGAUAGCCAGGUUUAACCCAUUAAUGCAAGAGCAAGCAUACCAAUGGACACUUUUUUUUUUGUUUUUUGGAAAGCUACAUUGUUUUGCUGCACAAUUAGCUAAUACCUGGUUUGGGUAACUAGAACGUCAAUUACAUGAUAUUAGCAAGGUUUGCCGCCUUAAAGAAAUAUUUUCCCAGAAACAUUUUACCCCAAUGACCAUCUUUAUAGAGCCUGUCACUUUAAGUGCACGUUAUUUAAAUAAGAAAUUAUAGAUUCCAAGUUUACUGAAAUUGAUAGUUUAUAACUAUAUAUUAAAAUAGAUUUUUUUUUUUUUUUUUUUUUUUUUAAGGGGGGGAGAAAACCAGUCCACUGUUUUGAGUUAAAACAAAUAAAGCUAUCCUAUCAACACACUCACACUGCAGCAUUGACUAGUAUGAAUGGCGAUAUCUUAUAACAGAUCUCGUUUAGUUUUGAUAACCCUAAUAUAAAAAUCAUAUGACUAACUCUAGAAUCCAUCACUAGGUUAUAUGCACUAACACAAAACGACUUAAGAGUAAAAUCUUGGUUACAUCAUCUCUCUGCAGACCUUUCUUGUACACCCGACUCCGCACACUGCGCACUGAUCCUUCCAAGCCACUGCAGCAAGUACCCCUGUACACAAUCUUACCUUUAACCCUUCCAGUGUGCUCUGCGUAGAUCUACUAAAAAAUACAGAAGGCGGGAAGUCUUAAGGGUGUUACCACCCAAGAUAAACCCUACGCUAUCUAAAUAGCAUGCACCCAGAAUUCUCCUUAAAGAAUAUAAUUGGGAAAUGUCUGUGCACUUGUUAAUGGGCAUUUGAAUGAGCUACGCUCUAUUACAGUAAUAUAUAUUUUACUGGGAAUGUUUAACAAGAAUUCUUUCAAAUAAUAAAUGUGUGUAAUAACACUUUUUUUUUUUUUUUUUUAAACCCUCCCUUAUUUUGUGUGUGUGUGUGUGUGUGUGUGUGUGUAUUUCUCAGACCGCUUUAUUCCAUUCCUGCUCAGUUUGAGCAGUUUAAAGUUUUUGCAAAUUAUAUAUAUAUAUAUAUAUAUAUAUAUAUAUAUAUAUAUAUAUAUAUAUAUAUAUAUAUAUAUAUAUAUAUAUAUAUAUAUAUAUAUAUAUAUUGCAAAAACAGGAAUGGAAUAAAGCCGUGUGAGAAAUCUGUACGAUUUAUAUUAUUGCUUGGCAAGCGUGCUGAUAUAUGGAGAAUUUUUUAUAUAAAUGAUUUAUGGCUUCCUGGGUAAUACAGUGUUCUUUGUUUUGUUUUUAAAAAUUAAAUUUCUAUGAAAAAGCUUUGAUUCCCACACAGUGUAUAUUACAUAGUCUAUGGAUGCACCUGUAACCGGCUCCGAAGAAAAAAAAUACAGUAUGUAAAGCUGUAUAAAGCACUCUCUGUCUAACUUCAUAUCUUCUAUAAAGACUCUUCCAGGCUUCUAAAAUAAAUUUUUUAAAAAUCUAUGGAUGCUAAACUUUCCAGGCUCCUGAAUGCAUUAUUUUACUAUUCCCAGGCUCCUAAACGCAGAGGUCCACAGAUUAACCUCUUCCCAUAUUACUUAAUGGAGUGUUUUUUUGUUUUGUUUUUUACAUAGUGCUCCACAGAUCUUCCCUAAAGUGUUUUAUAUAGAGCUCCACUCUCCUAAAUUGUUUAGUUAGAUCUCUAUGGACGAGCCUCUUCCCAGGCUCCUAAACAGAGAGUUUUACAUUGAGCUCCAUGGGCGAGCCUCGUACUUUGCUCAUACUUCAGCCAUGCUGUCUCCUAUGUCUAGCUAUGUUUAGUGAAACGUAUAUAGACACAUACAAACUUUAUUUUAUUGCUUAUAAUGUAUUUCAAAAUUGAAAUUACAAGACCCAUACAUAUUUUAUAAAUAUCGAAAGUCUAUAAAAUUAGGAUCACCAUGCCAACAUAAAAUGAGCUAGUUACACUGGAUGCCCUCCACAAACUUAGCUAGUUACUCUGGAUCCCCCAAUGACUUGGACUAGUCACACUUGGUCCUCCUUGGUGUCCGCUGUAAAAUGAGCUAGUCGCACUGGGUGCCCGCCGUUAAAUAGGCUAGUUACAUUGAGUGCCAGUCUGUAAAAUGGGCUAGUUACAUUGGGUGCCCGUCUGUACAAUGGGCUAGUUACAUUGGGUGCCAGUCUGUAAAAUGAGUUGGUCACACUGGGUGCCCGCUGUAAAAUGAGUUGGUCACACUGGGUGCCUGCUGUAAAAUGGGCUAGUUACAUUGGGUGCCAGUUUGUAAAAUGGGCUAGUCACGCUGGGUGCCCUAUAGAGGUUGAUAAUUACCCUGGACCUUAUAAGAAAUAGUCCCAUUGAGUUCAACUCAUCCUGACUCACUGUCCCCUAUAUAGUGAUCCCGAGAUGACAUUGCUGGCGCACUCACUCAGCCCCAGUUCUGUGUAAUGUGAGAUGGGUGAAUUAUUGUUCAGAGGGUGACCGCAUGUAUCCCUGUCCCCAUAUAUAAUCAUACUGAGUAAGAGGGUGCACUCACACUCAGCCCCAGUUAUGUGAGAUGGGUGACAGCAUGUAUCUCUGUCCCCAUAUACAAUUACACUGAGUAAGAGGGUGCACUCACACUCAGCCCCAGUUAUGUGAGAUGGGUGACAGCAUGUAUCUCUGUCCCCAUAUAUAAUCAUACUGAGUAAGAGGGUGCACUCGCACUCAGCCCCAGUUAUGUGAGAUGGGUGACAGCAUGUAUCUCUGUCCCCAUAUAUCAUACUGAGUAAGAGGGUGCACUCACACUCAGCCCCAGUUAUGUGAGAUGGGUGACAGCAUGUAUCUCUGUCCCCAUAUAUAAUCAUACUGAGUAAGAGGGUGCACUCGCACUCAGCCCCAGUUAUGUGAGAUGGGUGACAGCAUGUAUCUCUGUCCCCAUAUAUCAUACUGCGUAAGAGGGUGCACUCACACUCAGCCCCAGUUAUGUGAGAUGGGUGACAGCAUGUAUCUCUGUCCCCAUAUAUAAUCAUACUGAGUAAGAGGGUGCACUCACACUCAGCCCCAGUUAUGUGAGAUGGGUGACAGCAUGUAUCCCUGUCCCCAUAUAUAAUCAUACUGAGUAAGAGGGUGCACUCACACUCCGCCCCAGUUAUGUGAGAUGGGUGACAGCAUGUAUCUCUGUCCCCAUAUACAAUUACACUGAGUAAGAGGGUGCACUCAGCCAGCGUCCCUUUACAAUGGAAUGAGUGUGGGUGCCCUUGGUCACUGUGGCAGCAUGGCUCACUGCCCCCUGUAUAGUGGUGCUGAGUAUGGUGUGUAAUAAUAAUAAUAAUGUGAAUCUGUACUCACAGUCAGAGGGUGAGUGCUCUUGCUCACACUCAGCCAGGCAGCAUGGCUCAGUUACCCUGUCUCACACCCAUAGCAGCUCCAGCUUGUCCUGACUUCAGCACUCAGCCUCCGUUUAUAUAUGUACCGGCUUUAGCCGGUCUGACUACGUCGGGGGCGCGCAUGGGACACACGGGGGCGCGCAUUGACAGAGUGCACGCGCUUACACCCAUCAGGGAUUUCACACUGUUCAUUAACCCAUUGCAAAUCCCCACAUAAUGGGUUAAACCCUGGAGUUACCCCUCUUCCUCCCCUGUCACGGCCAUUUAAGGGGUUAAUUAGCCCAGUGCCCUGUUACAGGGUAUCUGUAACCUUUGUCAAAGCUCCACAACCUGCUCCACUACAAUCUGCUCAUUGCCAGUAGAUUGUAGGCUCUUUGGCCAAGACAAGAGGGGCGCAGGCUGCCAGGGGUACAGGCAGGGCAUUUCAUAUUGCUCUACACAGGGACUGCCAAGAGGGCACACAGUGCCUGAUCUGGGAAUAUUAGCCAUGAUAAUGAGAUCUAUUCAGAUUCCAUUGAAAUUUAGAAGUGCCUCUUGGUUUGUCUGAGGUCUACUUGUUGAAGAUUAACUUGAUGGAGAUGUGUGAGGUUAUUAGAAAAUAAGAUUAGGUUUAUCAGCAUGGGUUCAGCCAGGGCUUGCCACUUCAUACUUUCUACUGCUCCCAGGCAGCUGGCAUUAUUUAUUAUUGCAUUUAUUUAAUAAAUCUAAAUAUUAUUAUCUGUAGAAAAUGAUGGUUAUUCUACCAUCAUACCAGCUUCCUCCCAUCCAUGCCCUGUAAAAUGUGAGCUCUGCCCAAGGCUGGCAAACUAUUACAGGUGGCAAAUUCACCUUGUACCCUCUGAUGCCUAUUGCUCUGAGCUUGCCACGUGUGCCAGUGAUGAAGGGUGGCCGUAAGACCCACCAGUAUUUAUUUCACAGAUGGCAUCACUAUGGAAACUGUAGUUGCUGUGUGCCAGUCUCCUGCCCUUAUUGCCCAGCAGUGGGUAUGCUGCUCCCUGGGAUGGCAUCCCGCUGGCACAGAGACACUCACUGUGAUACAAAGUGUCAGGAAUUCGAACCUUGGGGAAGGACAGAGCGUCAGGUGUUAUUAACCCUUUCUUUGCGGCUCCGGCCGGCAUGGCGGCAGUGUAGGGGUUAAGGCGUGGGCACGCGCAUCGCGAGCACGGGUAGGCGGGGACGCGCGGGAGGUGCUCGCCCAGGCCGGGUAGAACAGGUUCCCACCAGUUAGGAUGAGAGGAGGAAGCAGCUGAUAAGACACGAUCUUCCUGCCCCUCACCUCCAUCCGCUCAGGGCCCGGCACUGCGGGGGUUAACUGGGUUAUCACAUGGGAGCAAAGCAUGCCCAUUCUGCCAAGGGCACGAGAGGGUUAAAACCGCAACCAUUACACAUGGUGGCUCAGGAAGGGGAUCAUUGGCAUUGCUAAUUCAUUGAAAGGAAUAACGUGCUGGCAUUGAUGGGGUAUUUCAGGAUCACUUGGCAUCCUGUGGGAUCAUGAUGGCAUGCUUAUACUAUUUACUCCCUGGCACUGAUUGUGUUAACGUGGGAUGGGUGACAACAUAUUUAGUGAGCUGCCAAUGCAGUGCAGAAGGACUGGCAAUGAAAGGGUUAAGAUUGGGUGGUUUACUGGGGAGUUAUUGGGGACAGAGGAUCUGUGUCUGCAUGCAUGAUUUUAGUUUAUUCAUUACAAAAACUACCUGGUGCUGAUCGGAUUAAUCCUAGGUGACCCACAAAGGGUUAAUUGGCUAUAUACCAUUGGAUGAAAGUGAUCCCUGAUAACGUUUCUGUUCUAUCUAAUGCAUGGUUAAAAUAAAAUAAUAAAACAAAUAUCUGCACGCCAGUUAAUAACUUAUCAGGGUGGGUUACAUUGACUUAUAUAAAUUAAAUGCACAAUAUUUCACUCCCUUUUAAAACUAGCUUUAGGUUUUUAACCACAAUGUGUCCGUUUAUUAAGUAAUACUUCUAAAACAUAAUAUUUUUAAUUGCACUUAAAGCUCGCUCUCCCUGUUUUUUAUUUUACAACGUUUAUCAAAUGAAUACAUAAGGAAAGGUAGGGAAUACUUUCCUAAUGUUUAACCUGUAGGUCGGCAAAAGUUGACAAAGGAUGGAGCUUUAGUUAAGUUCUGCGGCCUUUGUAACUGGUUCGCCAACUUGUACUUGCCUUCUUCCAGCAUUCCACCUUUGGGACUGCAGGUCGUGGGCCUUCUGUUUCCACUCAAGUGGUUGUGGAGGUCAAUACAGGUCCAUGGGAAGUUUAUUAUUUAAUGCGCACACCUAAGGAAGGACAGAAGAUGGCAUUUCUGUCCACCGCCUUCUUAGAAACUCAAAGAUGGCAAUACAGUGACCGAAGACCCUGCGUGACCAGCACAACAUUGGAAAAGUUGAGUUGCAACGGUCCCUGGGUCAAAAAAGGUUGUGAGGAGUUGGGGGUUGUAACGAAGGAUCAUUGGUCUGUGGGCCAGGACACUAUGAUAGUGACAAAGAUUUUUUUAACCUAGUCACUGAAAAGAUUUUGUGCACUUGAUUUUAAAAAAAAUAAAUAAAACUCCUAAUAUUUUCAAAUAAACAUUUAAAUAUCCAGGUCAGUACAUUUAUUGGGGAAAUAUAUAAUACUUUGCUAAACACAAAUACACACACCAGUCAAGCCAUAAGACUUGCUUUUCCCACAGAAAUCUCACUUUAACAGUGCUCUCAUUACUGCAAGGGAUUCUGGGUAGGCAUAAGCAAAUAAACUCAACAAAGAACCACAUUUUUGCCUCAUAAUUCCACUUUAUGCAUGGAUUCCUUGGCAUGUGUGUAUGUAUAUGAAAAGAUAUUCAAUAUUUACAAAAAUGUGAGGUGUGUGUGUGUGUGUGUGUAUGUAUGUAUAUGUGUGUGUGUGUGUGUGUGUGUGUGUGUAUAUAUAUAUAUAUAUAUAUAUAUAUAUAUAUAUAUAUAUAUAUAUUAUACACACACAGUAUCUCACAAGUGAGUACACUCCUCACAUUUUUGUAAAUAUUUUAUAUCUUUUCAUGUGACAACAUUGAAGAAAUGACAUUCUGCUACAAUGUAAAGUAGUAAGUGUACAGCCUGUAUAACAGUGUAAAUUUCCUGUCCCCUCAAAAUAACUCAACACACAGCCAUUAAUGUCUAAACCGUUGGCCGCAAAAGUGUGCACACCCCUAAGUGGAAAUGUCCAAAUUGGGCCCAAAGUGUCAAUAUUUUGUGUGGCCACCAUUAUUUUCCAGCACUGCCUUAACCACCAUGGGCAUGGAGUUAACCAGAGCUUCACAGGUUGCCACUGGAGUCCUCUUCCACUCCUCCAUGACAACAUCACAGAGCUAGUGGGUGUUAGAGACCGUGCGCUACCCCACCUUCCAUUUGAGGAUGCCCCACAGAUGCUCAAUAGGGUUUAGGUCUGGAGACGUGCUUGGCCAGUCCAUCACCUUCAGUGUAUGUGUAUGUAUGUAUGUAUGUAUACAAUACAGUGUUUGUUUGUUUUUUGUUUUUUAUGUAAAUGCUCCACUAUCUCUGCCAUGGGGGUCACAAAUAAAAUGGUUUCCAUGUAGUAAGUUCAGCAAGUUAUUUAGAACAAGAUUAGUGUCUGUGCUUAUGCAUACAAAGAUUCCCACCAGAAACUCUUCCCUGUGCAAAACAGAAAAAGUCUGCAAUUAUUAUUAUUAAUUUAAUUUAUUUUAUUACAUAUAAUGAAUAAAACUAGGUGCAAAUAGGCUUUACUUUGUUGAAAUCCUGUUCUCUGAAUAGUGAGCUGUAAAUAUCCCCCAUUUUCUUCUCCUGUGUAAAGCCCAUUUAGAGAGCUUGACACAUACUGUAUUGGGCCCAAGGUGAAAAUAUAACCAAAUAGAACAAUUUUAUAUUGGAAAUUGCAUAAUUAUUUUUAUAUAUAACCCCUUUUUUUCUGAUUUUGUGUAUCACUGUUUUUGUGAGAUUGAAAUACAUUAGUGUUUGGUUGCUAAUUUUAUAAAAAUGUUUUAUUUGUUUUUAUUCAUUCUUUCCGUUCUCUGCAUUUAGGGACACACCGUACAGCACUGGUAUACAUCUAUUCAAUUUGAAUAAGUAAUAAAGCAGCAAUAUCUUCUACAGUACAGUGGAGACUGUUGCAGUGCACAGAGCUGUUUGUGUACACCGAAAUACUAGGCUUUGUAAAACUUUCAACACAUCUGACACAGUAUGACCUGAAAAAGGGCAAUAUUUAAGACUAUAUUAAAGUAUAACAAUCGAAGAAUAAAUCAGGAUAACAUAAACCUAAAAGAAAACAUAAGAGAAACAGACCGUUACUCUAGCUAGUGGAGUUCCUAGCUGGCUUGGGAUGUCACCACCAACACUUGUCAGGUGGAGGUGCUCGGCUGGAUGGAUGCCCUCUGCUGUAAGAAAGUUGUCAGAGUCUGCUGUAGCGUAUACCCUCAGAUUUUGCCUCCCCACCGUUGGGGCACGCUGUUAGCCCUCAAUAAUACAUUAAAACACUUUGCAAAAAUAUAUUUUCAUCUGAAUGUUUGUUUUGCAGAAUUUUUCUAGGAAUUCGAAAAUGUUCCUUAUAGCGUUUUUUUGUAGAUGGGAGUGACAUUGAAACACAUGUGAAAGCAAAUGAAAGAAGCAAUAUCCAUGUUUUUCAACCAGAGGUUAGCCCCAUUUUUCUGUACCUCCCAUUGUAUAAUUUAGACUGUUUCCUAAUUGCAGUACCUGAGUGUUUAGUUGGGCGCAUGCUGCCUUAAUCCUCCAUAGGAAGCCAUAAUACCUCAGAUGGUCCACUGCCUUCUGUGAAAGAUCUACCAGGAUCACUGCGCAUACCAAUAGUUUGCUGUUCUUUGACCACGUCAUGUUAUGUGGGGAUUUUUAUAGAUUUUUAAAAAUCUGCCUAUAUUUAUUUUAAAUUCACUUUAGUGUUAAUGUGUGUGUGUUGUUGUUUUGUUUAUACAUAAGAGGUGGGGGACUAUUUUACUUCGAGUAGAGUGUGAUUUUUUUUUUAUUUAUUUUUUUUUAGUAAUAGACGGAGCUAUAGUGUUAGCCAAGCGAAUUUUACCUACAAUUCAUCAGUCAAAAUAUACUAUAUAUAUAUAUAUAUAUAUAUAUAUAUAUAUAUAUAUAUAUAUAUAUAUAUAUAUAUAUAUAUAUAUAUAUAUAUAUAUAUAUAUAUAUAAAAAUUCGAAAAUCCCCUGCACUCACGUCCAAAGUCCCACCGCAUUCAGUUGCCACGGUGUUGAGAUGUUCGUGUAUAUGUUUCCAUGGUGAUUGGACGUAUUACGUCAGCACGUGGGGUGGGAGGAGUAAGCAUGCGGGUGCGCGCGCAUACCCGGAAGUCCGGCGAUCCCGGUGGUGAUGGCAGUUUUAAUUUUAAAUAUAUAGGUAUAUAUUUAGGAUUUGUAUUCAUGGUAUUUGUUAUUCUGUUUUUUGGACCCUGAGGAAAGUCCCGAGCUGGGACUGAAACGUUGGUCAUUGCUUUUAUUAUGAUUCAAUAAAACUUUUUUUAAAACCAGAGAGCAGCCGUUGCCACUUUGGAAUAUAUAUAUAUAUAUAUAUAUACUGUGCAGAACUCUCAAGUCUCUGGUAGAGGACCUGGACUAUACAAAAUACCACCUGGAAGGGUGAGGGAAAAAAUAAAUCUCUUUAUGUUGCAUGGAGGGAGGUCUUUUGGUCACCACCCCUCUUUAAAGCGGCUUUGUAUGGCCUGACUCCUGCAUGACUCUAAAUGGCCAUCCCACCGCCUUUUUUUUUUUAAUUUUUUUUUUUAAAUCUCCCUCUGUCCCCCUACUCUACUAGUUCCUAGUACAGCCCUCCCCCAUAUGUCUAGUUUUUACAUUUGACCCCUUUUAUCACAUUGACUCAAUUAUUUGUAGAGCAAGAUGAUACUAAAAGUAACUUGAAGAUUGUGGCGCCAUUAUCUUCCCAUAUUAUGCGACAAGAUCUAAAUCUGAAGUGGCACUUGGAAGUGAAGAAAAAGCAACUUGCGAGACUGAGGAAGGAGGACUGGAUGGAAAGGUUGGCAUUAUGGCAAAAUGGUGCAGCCAUUGCAGUGGCUGAAGGCUUUAGCAGGCCCUGGUGCCCUCCCAAUGCAAAUAGUCAAACUGUUUUAAAAUCUGGGGUCGGGGGUCCUCUGCUUUCUGCUAACUCAGACAGAGAGACUGACGCUCCCUGUCAGAGCUCAGCUUGGCGGUGCAGGGCUUGGCUCAAAGGCUGAGUGUGCUCUCCAGACACUCUCGUAAUCGGAAGCUUCCAGCUCUCUGUCUGGUGUAUUGGAGGCAGUGAGCAGCGUCCGGGAGACCCAAGAUGAAGAAGUAAUUUCAGUCUAAAUUUUUUUGGCUACUUACAAUGGAGGGGGGCGCUCUUGCUACCAUAGCCACUACAGCGCAUUGUAGUCAGUAUGACUCUUGGAUUGUUCUUUCCACGUUUCUUGUGCACCUCUCUUAUCUAGAGUGUAUUUGCAAAAUGUUUGUAUUAUACAGACAGGGGGAUAUAGAACUUAUUGCACUGAUACUUACCUCAUGCAGGGUACUAUGCUAGAAGCCCAUGAGCUUACAAUCUAAACUAUAAUCACUGAUAAUUACAAUGAUAGAAAUAUAAGGUGCACUGUGCCUUUUAAAAAAAAAAAAAAUAUAUAUAUAUAUAUACACACACGUUAUUUGGUGUUUUAAUGUAAUUCUGUGUGACCACAACGUGUAAUAAGCAGGUAUCCACCGCAGUACAUGUGCAACGCACCUUGUAUAUGCAUUCAUUAUUGAAUGUGAGCGUAUUUGAGUCUUUGCACUUUAUAUGGUUGCUGUUGAUUUUACAAUAUUUAAAUGACUUUUAAGCACCUUCUAUUCACUUAUUGCACUUUAUCACUUGUUUGAUAAUUACAAUACAUGAAUGAGCAAACUCAUUAAUUGACCUCGUUAUGAGACCUCUUUAAUAUAAAUGUCUUCACAUUUAAAUGUCUUUGCUGUUUUUGUUUUUUUUUUAAACAAUCCUUCAAUGUAUUUUAUGCAUUAUUUUAUGAAUGUAGGUCACAUGUUAAAUGCAUUGACUGAUCAUGUCUGUAUCCAGGAGAAACGGUAUAUUAUCUGUCUGUUUACUAUUUCGGUGUAAAGCAGCAUUGGGCAAAUUGGAUGUACCUGUUCCUGUCACACAUGCUCAAUUCACUUAUUCACCCAAUGAUUUGAAAACGACCCCCUAGAGCAGUGGUUUCCAACCCAGUCCUCAAGUACCCCCUAACAGUCCAGGAUUUAGGGAUUACCCAGUUGUGUCUAUGGUAGUUUUUAGAAAGAAAGAAAAAAAAAAAAAACACUUAAGACACAACAGUGUAAUAAUCCCUAAAUCCUGGACUGGUAGGGGGUACUUGAGGACUGGGUAGGGAACCCCUGCCUUAGAGCAUUAAUUUCAAACUCUGACCCCCACCCCCCAUAUGUUGGUCAACUACAAAUCCCAUGAUUCUCCAACCAUCUCUUGCAUUCAAAGAGUUAUGGGAGUCGUAGGCCAUCAUCAUCUGGGGGAUAGAGUUUAAGAUUCCGGCUAUUAGAGGGUUGAGAUGUUGCUUUGAAUGUGCUUGUAAUAAAUAUGGGGUGCUGAAAUUCUUCCUGUACAAACCUGGAUUAUGUGAAGCGGUUUAACAAUCCAUUCUGUGGCCGUUAUACGAGGUGUUUAGAACGGAUUUAGUUUAGUUUAGUUUAGUAUCGUGGAGCAAUGAGCUUUCUGUUCGACUCCUGAUCAUUUCACACAGAUUUUUGUGUUUGUUAAAUUGCACUGGUAAUUGUGCAGGGGAAAGGUCUGUAAUAUCAAAGUUAGAUCUUCAUCUGCCCUUAGUAUUUCCUGGCUGAAUAGUAACAUAUUCAGGUCCAUUCCAAGUACACACCGCUAACGUGUCCCUAGGAAACUACCGACCUUACUAGUGUGUACUAAGAAGUAUACCUAACCCUCUGCUACCUGUCUAAGAUAGAAGCCUGGUAGGUGGAGAGAAGCAAAGGAGGAUUUAAAAAAAAAAUAAUAAUUUUAUUAUUUUCCAUUGCCUGUUUCCAAGGCAGUGAAGAUGUUAAAUAAAAAAGGGAUUCAAGUUAUGAAACUGUCAAUUGCUGUGAACUGAAGGCUUAAUUUGAAACACCAAUUGGACUCUACAAGCAUUGUGGCAACCUAUAACCCUUCCUUAUGUUCAGCUCUAUUUUCAGUGCAGUUUGGUACAAUGAUUUGUCUAAGUUAUCAUAUGCAGUCCAGUCUUGUUAUUUAGAUUCAUUCAGGGGCAAAGGUGAUGUUACACUUCUUAUCACUACUCUCCAACAUCAGAGAGAUUGCCUCCUAUUAACAUUUGUUAUAGUUUGCAUUUUUUAUAUAUGUAUAUAUUUCCAUACAGUUGCAAUCAAAAUUAUUCAACAGCUCAUUGAAAAUCAUGCAUAUUGUCAAAAUUUACAGACAUUCCGCUGUUUGCAAUGAACAAAGCAAACAAAAGCAAUUAAAAUAGUUCAACACAACGAAUGCUUCCAGUGGCUUUCCCAAAUUCAACUGAAAAUGAAACUUAUAAUGACUUCUCCAAUUUUAAAAUAAUUCAACCCCCUGAAUGGAAUCCCUCACAACAGCACAAAUAUGUAAAACAGGUGUUGUCUCAAGCACACCUGAUGCAACUAAUUAACUUCAUUACAAGCACCAGGUGUACUUGAGCUGGAACACUUGAAAUAUCUGAACUGGCUUGGGAUUUGUUUAGUGUCACUUUUGACUGCAUGUUAGAAAUAUGAAUGGACCACAAAGUUAAGAGAAGAGAUCAAAGCCCUUCACAAACAAGGAACUGGAUACAAAAAGAUGGCAAAGGCACUGAAUAUUCCUAGAGACACCCUUUGAUGCAUAGUUCGCAAGUUCAAAGAUGAAGAAACAGUGGUUAUACUACCUGGAUGGGACAGAAAAAGGAUGCUAUCAAUGGCUGCAACUAGGUUUCUGAGAAGGCAGGUUGUGAAAAACCCUCGACUGACUGCAAAAGACCUGCAGCAAGACUUGGUGGCAACAGGCACCGAGAUUUCAGUGAGCACAGUAAGGCACGUAUUAAACGCAGAAGGUUUCCAUGCCAGAACUCCAAGACAUACACCACUAUUCAUCGAAAAGCACAAGAAAAGUCAGCUCAAAAACAUAGCUCGCAUCUGCCCCUAUUUAACAUCAAACGCGACUAAGGUGCUAGUCCAUGCCAUUGUUCUUUCUCGCCUUGACUAAUGCAAUCCCCUUCUCAGUGGUCUUACGUGUUCCCAGACUGCGCCACUGCAAAAUAUAAUGAAUGCAGCGUCGAGGCUCAUUUUCCUGUCCUCCCACACCUCCCCGCUCUGUCAGUCCCUAUAUUGGCUUCCAGUUAGAUAUAGGGCUCAAUUUAAAAUUCUGGUGCUUGCUUACAAGUCGCUACAUAAUGCUGCUCCAACCUACCUAUCCUCCCUAAUACACAAGUAUGUCCCGUUGAAGCCCCUGCGCUCUGCCGAAGUCCUAAGUCUAUCCUCUGUCUGUACUCCCACAUCUGAUGCUCGCCUACAAGAUUUCUCUAGGGCUGCACCUUUUCUGUGUAAUAAAAAAUAAAAAAUAAAUAAGUGAAUGGCGCUUACACAAUACAAAGACACACAAGUGGUGGUGGAAAAAGUGUUCCCCAACACCUUAGAUACAAAGUAUACAAUAAAAAAUAUGUGGACACUGAAUACACAAAUGCCACAGAAAUCCACACACCACUCUCUUAAUCCCAAAACAGUGAAUAUAUAUAAUACUUGCAAAUACAGGGAUAUAUACUAUUAGUGUUCCGUGUACUUGGACCCUAUAAUCACAUAAAACAGUACAUAGUGUAAACUGUAUAUGGAAAUAACAAUAAUAAAAAUAUAUAAUGGAUCCACUCACGAAUUCUAGAGCCGUGCCAGGCUCUAUGUUAGAUGCCCAAGGGUGCCUAUACAGGCUAGGUGCAGAGUCUUCACAAUACUCCUCAAGGCAGAAGAGACAGCAAGGAUGGUGUAAAAAAUGAAUAGAUUUAUUGCAAAUAAAAAUUAUAAAAACAACUGUAUAAAAGAGUGCAAAUAAGCAAUAUAUGCAGACGCGUUUCAACUCAAUCAGAGUCUUCCUCCGUGCAUAAGAAAGUCCAUCUGGCUGAUUCUCUUUAAGUGUACCGCUCAUCUGGCUGCCGGUCACAUGGGCGGAAUUUUUAUUUAUUUUUUAUUUUUUAUUUAUAUAUUAUUUUUUAUUUUUUUAUUUUUAUUAUUUAUAUUUAUUUUUAUUAUUAUUUUUUAUUAUUUUUGAUUUACUAUUUUUUAUUUUACUAUUUUUUUAUUCUUUAUUAUUUAUUAUUUUCUAUUUAUUUUUAUUUUUAUAAGCCAGAUGAGCGGUACACUUAAAGAGAAUCAGCCGGAUGGACUUUCUUAUGCACUGACGAAGACUCUGAUCGAGUUGAAACGCGUCUGCAUAUAUUAUAUUGCUUAUUUGCACUCUUUUAUACAACUUGUUCAGUUGUUUUUAUAAUUUUUAUUUGCAAUAAAUCUAUUCAUUAUUUACACCAUCCUUGCUGUCUCUUCUGCCUUGAGGAGUAUUGUGAAGACUCUGCACCUAGCCUGUAUAGGCACCCUUGGGCAUCUAACAUAGAGCCUGGCACGGCUCUAGAAUUCGUGAGUGGAUCCAUUAUAUAUUUUUAUUAUUAUUUCCAUAUACAGUUUACACUAUGUACUGUUUUAUGUGAUUAUAGGGUCCAAGUACACGGAACACUACUAGUAUAUAUCCCUGUAUUUGCAAGUAUUAUAUAUAUUCACUGUUUUGGGAUUAAGAGAGUGGUGUGUGGAUUUCUGUGGCAUUUGUGUAUUCAGUGUCCACAUAUUUUUUAUUGUAUACUUUUCUGUGUAAGUCCCUUCCCUUCUCUUGUUAGACUUUCACUCAGUCUCCACUCCUUCAAAAAAAUCUUUGAAAACACACUUCAGGAAAGCAUAUCGUGUAAACUGUUAACGUUUUUUUAUUUCAUUUAAUUUGACUCCUGCAACUGUCAAAAAUAACCUUAGUUCUCAGUGAAUACUUUUCUUACAACCUAUUUCAUUACCCCAACUUAUACCCUCUGUGUCAAUAUACCCCACUCCCUCAAGCAUGUAAGCUCAUUGAGCAGGGCAGUCAACCUCUCUGUUCCUGUGCAUCCAUUUGUCUGGUUACAAUUAAGUGUCUGUUAGUCCACCCAUUGUACAGCACUACGGAAUUUGCUGGCGCUAUAUAAAUUCAUAAAAUAAUCUAAAUAAGCCACAGAAGUUUUGGGAUUCUGUUUUAUGUAGCGAUGAAACAAACAUGGAACUUUAAAAGCCCAAUGGAUCAGCGGUAUGUGUGGAAGAAGAAGAAUGAAGCAUAUGCUGAAAAGAACACUCUGCCUACAGUUAAGCGUGGUGGUGGCUCGUUAAGCGUGGUGGUGCUCCACGAAGCACUAACAAUGCUUGCCAUAGAGGGGUUCAUUAAUUGAGACUGGAGAAGUCAUAAGUUGCAUUUUCGGGUUGAAUUUGGGGAAACCACUUGAGCCAUUUCAAUUGCUUUUGUUUGUGUUUAUUGCAAACCUAUGAAAGUCUGUACAUUUUUCACAAUAAACCUGACUUUCAAUUAUGGCUGUAUAAUUUUGUGUGUGUGUGUUUAUGUAUGUAUUUAGGUUUGUACAUUAAGUGACACGAUAAAAUUGUCACACAAUGAUUAUCAGCAUAUUACCUUUAAAUGUUCCAAAUUUACAGAGAUCCUUUCAAUAUCUGUGGACAACAAUGUAAGAUUGCAAUUCUGUGUCCUCCUGCAUUCCUCUUUUAAAGUACUAAUAAAGUGGAUCAGCGAUAACACCCUUCAUUUCGCAGUUAAAUAGUGGAUAUUGGUUCAGCUCCACUGACGCAUAAGAAGGAAGGCUAGGAAUUGAGAAUAAGAAUAGAAGAGAAAAGGCGAGAUCACCUCAGAGCUGAGAACCGGGAGCCCCUGCAAACCAGAAUGACCAAAACCCAAUUGUCUUAUAUACUCCACCCGGGGAUGCCAAACUUUUCAGAUGCAGUCAGUGUGUCUUGAUCUUAUGCUGAACACUCUCUAUAGAAGGCGUAUCUGUAUUUUUAGGGCCCUCCUAGCUACUAAUAUUUAGCUAAGGAGUUUCUGUUCAGUAGUAGUCACCCUCUCCAUUGGUUUCGAUCGGAAAUACGUCCAUGGGUCUAGUUCUAGCAGCCUACUGAAUACCUGUGACAGCAGCUCCCUAAUGCCAUCCCAAAAAGUGGGGCAGAACCGCCGCAUGUGUGCUGUUAUAUUUUUGCAUAAAGUAAAGCUCUGUGGGAUAAUGUUGGAGCUGUAAGAAUGCUAGUGAUGAAAAUAAUGCAGUGAUCAUGGUGUUUAGACUGCCCCUUUAAGGCAAAGUAAUGCCUAUAUUCCUGCCCCUUUAAUAUUACAUUGAAAUAAUAAAAAAAAGUACGUUUAUAUAUAAUUAUUAUUAUUUUUUUAUGUCUAUAUAUAACGAUGCCUCAGGUGGCAGGUGCAAAUUAAAUUCUAUCCAUACUGAAAGUCUGACUUAGAAAGUUGGUUUAAAUUGAUUCUUUUUGUGAAGUUGCUUGUUAUCUUUAAUGUGGAUUUAUCACCUUUUUAACCCCUUAAGGACACAUGGCAUGCGUGACAUGUCAUGAUUCCCGUUUAUUCCAGAAAUUUGGUCCUUAAGGGGUUAAAUCACAUCCCAUUCAUCAUUGCAACAAAACGAUCAAUAUGUUAUAUCUACUUUUAAAAGCUAUUUAAUCACUUUAAAGUUGUACUUUUUCUCUCAAAUUUUCUAAUUUUAUUUCCAUACAGCCAUAUCAAACCGAUUAAAGGGACAUUAUAGGCACCAAGACCACUUCAGUUAAUUGAAGUGGUCUGGGUGUAGUGUCCCUUUUGCACUUAGUGCUGCAAUGUUAAACAUUGCAGUUCCAGUCAAACAGCAAUGUUUACGUUGCAGCUCUAAGUCUGCCUCCAGUAGCUGUCUGCCAGACAGCCACUAGAGGGCUUCUUGGAUUGAAACGGACCUUUUGGUCCGGUAUCUGACGCUGAACAUUCUCACGCUCUGCAUGAGGACAUCCAGCGUCAGGUUUUUCCUCAUGGGAAAGUAUUGAUUCAAUGCUUUCCUAAAGGGGAGGUCUAAUGCGCGAGUGUGUGUCGUACAGACAUCUUGGGGUGAUUCUAUAAAACAAUUGCUAACCGAAAUCCACAAGUGUACUUUCCUUCUCGAUUAUCACAAAGUCCCCUUUAUAACACACAUCUGCUUUUCAACCAAUGAACGGUCUUCAUCAAGUCAUCAUUUAUCAAACUGACGCCCUUGGUCUGUCUAAUGUUGGCUUCUGGUGAGCGCUCAAUGUUGUACUUCUACAGUGCUCACAGAAAAUUCAUCUUUGUGCUCUUGUUCAUGUGUGAUGGUUAAAGCCAUGUUUAUUGUCUCCGUUUGGCAAACAUUGGUUCAUACGUAAGCCUGAGUGGACUUGACGAUAGAGAAACUAUCAAAAAGGAGAUUUCUAUUCUGCUUUCAUUAAAACCUCCAUUGCGCAAUAUAACUGUCUGCUAGAUAUCUCUUGUGCCCUGCAUCCAGUGUUAUGACGCACACGGACGUCUGGAGGCAGUGGUUUUGUUUGUGGAAGUGUCCUGAUUUUCUAGUUCCUGCAAGGUGAUAAUCCGUGCCAAGACAAUGAGCCCUGCAGCACAUUCAUUUACUGAAAACUGCAGGCUCCUCAAUGGCUGCAAAUUGGUAAUUAUUCCACGUUGGCACUUCAUAUAAUGUGGGGCAGUAACUGUAUCAACGGUAUGUUUGGUUUGCAGACGUAAGAGAAUAGCCACUUGUAAGGGUCUCGUUUGUGACAAGGGCCAAUUUUAUUGCAUAUUUAAAACCAAUUGGGGUUUAUUCAUGAAACGGCAUUUUGUUUUGUGUCUGGAAAGCCUGAUUACAAAACGUAGGCAAAAUUCGAUGCUAUGUUAGCCUAAAUUUUGGAAUCUGGCUUCCAUCUUACUACAGUUUUCUGCCAAUGUGUCUUUAAUGCUCUGCCUGAUCUCCAGUGGGUAUGCCAAGGAAGCUUAUGUUUAACCUGUUUCAUAGAACAAAUACAUAUUUUAGGACAGUGUACUGGGAUUACUGUACAAUAGUUUCUUCUUAUUAUACUUUACUACGUCGAUCUAACACUGUGCACUGAGAGUGGGGAUUUCUGUUGUGCCCAGACUUGAAUUAAUCACUAAUAGAGUUACUCAACAAUCUGGUGAUUGUGGAGAUUUGACAUUGUAUAUUUUAGGCACAAAUUGUGGUGCUGGAAAAAUAUUCCAGUUAAAAAUUGAAGUGUUUUAAUUCAGACCUAAAUUUUUCAAUUUGGAGACCUUUUCCAGAUCAGUGAUUUUGACCCUAAAUCUGUCUCCCGUUUCAGCACUAUAAAUCUUUAUUUAUAGCAAUAGACCCUAACAAAGCACCUUGUGUUGUGUACAUGUGUUAGAUUAGGAAUAAUGUUAGUAGUCGUAUAUAAAACUUGUAUCAGUAAGAAUGUGACCAGCCACCUGCAGAUUGCGCCUUGAAUAUUUAUAUUUCUUGCUUUUUGUUCAGUGAGCCUUCCAGAUUCACUUUGACAUAAAAUAAGCUCCAAAAACAGUAAAUAUAUAAUUUAUUAUAAAGAUGACUCUAAUAAACCCACUUCCCACCUUAUACGCACAAAUGGAACUUCUUUUAACCUCUGUAAGCAUACACUGUAUGACAGGCCUGUCCAACCUGCGGCCCCCCAGACAGUGGCGUAAAUACCAGGGUCGCGGCUGCGACCGGGCCCGGCCCACCAGGGGGCCCGGCCGCCCCUGCGACCCGGUAUGUACCCACAGGGCCAGCCUCUUCCCCCUGGGGGGCCCAGGAGCCGGCCACCUUUGUUUGUGUUAGUGUGUGUGUGUGUGUCAGUGAGUGUGUCCAUAGGCGUGUGCCGGGUGUGCCUGGGCACACCCUAAUCCCCGCAGCACGCCUAUGUAUAUUGAGACCGGCAGGGGAGAUCUCAGGAUCUCCCCUGUCGGCUCAUGCAGAGCCGGCGCUAUCUGAGCGCCGGCUCUGCUCUCAGCCUCCCUCCCCACUGACCCACAUGCAGGGAGGGAGGCAGGAGAGGACCCGGCGGAGCUAUUGCCGGCAGCUCCGCCGGGUUCCUCUCGCGAGAUAUGAGCGUUGCCACGGCAACGCUCAAAUCUCGCGAGAGUGAACUCUAGCCCCACAGGGGCUAGAGUUCACUCUCCACUGGACCACCAGGGAUGGAAUCAGCAGCACGAUCCCCCCUCCCUACAAAAGGUAAGAAGGGAGGGGGGAUAGCAAGUAAUGUACCCCCACCUCCACCCCCACAUACAGCACACACACAUACAGCACACAUACAUAUAGCACCCACAGACAUACAGCACCCACACACAUACACAGCACCCACACACAUACACAGCACCCACAGACAUACAGCACCAUCACAAACACACACAGCACACUAACAGUACCCUCACACACAAACAGCACCCUCACAAGCGCACGCACACACACACACAAACAGCACUCUCACAAGCGCACACACACACAAACAGCACUCUCACAAGCGCACACACAGUACAUUAACAGCAUCCUCACAAGCACGCACACACAAACACCCUCACCCACAUAGCACACUACCAGCACCGUCACACAGCACACACACACAGCAGUGUGUGUGUGUGUGUGUGUGUGUAUAUGUAUGUAUGUAUGUCUAUAUAUAUAUAUAUAUAUAUAUAUGUGUGUGUGUGUGUGUGUGUGUGUGUGUGUGUGUGUGUAUGUAUAUAUAUAUAUAUAUAUAUAUAUAUAUAUAUAUAUAUAUAUAUAUAUAUAUAUAUAUAUAUAUAUAUAUAUAUAUAUAUAUAUAUUACGGCUUGUGCUUUAGGGUGCACACCCUAAUGCAAUAGGCUGCGCACGCCUGUGAGUGUGUCUGUUAUUGGGUGUGUGAAACAAGGGGGGGUUGGCUGCACUCAUUAUAUGAUCAUACAUUAUAUUUUUCCUCAAGUAAGAGGUUAAUCUCAUAAUGCAGACAUUAGGCUGUUAGUGUAGGACCUGCCAAAGAUGGGGUACAUUGACGUUCUGGCAGGCUUAUACAAUGUAUGAUUAUAUAAUGUAACUAAACCCCCAUUGUUUUUGCCUAGAUUAGGUGUUUUUAAAAAACUAAUAAAAUCUUUCAACAUUGAAGUUGCUGUUUAGUGGACAGGUGAGUGCGCUGGAUCUUGUGUUUUUGUUAUUGGGUGUGUGUCUGCUAGUGAGUGUGUUACUGUGUGUGUCUGUUACUGAGUGUGUUUGAUGUCUGUUAGUGAGUGUGUGUUUGUCAGUGAAAGUGUAUGUUUUGUAAGUGAGUGUGUAUGUCAGUAAAGUCUGUUAGUGUGUAUGCGUCUGUUCGUGAGAAUGUGUGUGUCUUCAGCAUUUACCUUUCUCCAGCGUCGGACUCCCUUGGCGCUGGGGAUCCCUCCGCCUCUCAGCUCCGAAUGCACAUGCGCGGCAAGAGGCGCGCGCAUUUAAACCGCCCAUAGGAAAGCAUUACUCAAUGCUUUCCUAUGGACGUUCAGUGUCUUCUCACUGUGAUUUUCACAGUGAGAAUCGCUGAAGCUCCUCUAGCAGCUGUCAAUGAGACAGCCACCAGAGGCUGGAUUAACCCUCAGUGAAACAUAGCCGUUUCUCUGAAACAGCUAUGUUUUCAGCUGCAGGGUUAAAACUAGAGGGACCUGGCACCCAGACCACUUCAUUGAGCUGAUGUGAUCUGGGUGUCUGUAGUGGUCCUUUAAGUGUGUGUGCAUACCGCGGUUGCGGGGUCGCAGCCCUGCAACCCCUGCGACCAGGUGCAUGCCGCCAUGUGUUGCGGCCCCAACUCACACCGAGUAAGCUCGGGGGGUGGGGGGGGCUGGGGAUCAAUUUUCGUACCGGGGCCCCAUGGGUCAUGUGUACGCCACUGCCCCCAGAUAUUGCUGAACUACAACUCCCAUGAUUCUUUCAAUGAAACAGAUAGCCAGGGAAUCAUAGAAGUUGUAGUUCAGCAACAUCUUGGGGGGGGGGGUGCAGGUUGGACAGCCCUGCCUUAUGGUGUAUUUACUAGAGUGAGAAUUCAAAGCGAAAUCUCCUGUUUCUAGUUUGGCUACCAAGAAAACUCUAAUGUUGGGUCUCCAGCUCGCAUGUUUUGAGAUAAAUUUGCAGAUCUCUGUGAUAUUAAGUGAAUAACCCCCAUGGUUUCACUCUGGUCUCUGCCUUUAACUCUGCUCCAUUAACUCUGCUCCAUUAAAAUUUAAGGAAAUCCUUGCUUUCCGUUUGAAGAUCUAUCUCUCCAGUUACAAGCAGUGGCAGUUUCCCAGAGGUUCCCUGUCCAGUUUAAACGCAUGGUAUUUAUCUAGAUUUGGAGAACAUUGUAGUGUCAUUAAUUAGAUUUUUUCGGUCACAAUCCGUAAGGCGCUGUUCUAUAAAUAAAAACCAUGUAAUAAUCCUUAAUAUGAUGCUCUUUGAUCCAGUUGCAAUGCAUUUCAUAGACCUAAGGAAGCCGUCACACACAUCGCUAACGUGGAAAUCAAGGGACACAAAAACUAGGGGCAAACACAUUGUAAGGAACAAAUGAUUCAAAGAGGAAUUCCAUAGAAUUACCUUGAUUAAUCAAUUUCUUUCCUACAGCACAUGAACGCUAUAUACUAAAGUGCACUGAGUUUCCUACAUCUUUUGUAAAUGGUCAGCUUGCAAAGCUGCUGCCAGUUUAAAUCCCCUUGUUUGUGCCUGGGAGAACCCUCUAUAUAAGUGCGAGUGUCCCACUAAGUCUUUAGUGAUGGCAUUUGCUGUCCACCAGACUCCUUGGCAGCUGACUUGGCUUGAACAUCUGCCCACAGACAACACAAGCUUGUUAUUGUAGAAAGCAGCUUGGCAUGAGCAAGUAAACACCAGCUCGUGGUCUUGUUCAGUUUGGCAACGUGUAGUCACCUGACUGCGUUAAAGUACUCAGUGUGCAGCUAUGCAGAAAUUAUUAUUGAGUACCUUGCGAGACUGACACUAAGUGACUAAUGGCUCCAUGACCCGUAUCGUGUAAUUUAAGUUAACCUUCGAGCAAAGUCGCUGUCCCCUGACCACUACACCUGUUGGAAUUAUAACUGCAAUCACGGGUAGAAAUACCUGGCAUUCUGCCAUCCUGGGGUUUGUCCAAGCUUUUCAGUACCUUUUCAGGUGGAGCUUGAUCUCCUGCCAUCCAAACAUUUUCAAAAUAAAUACAAAUGUUGAAAUUCUGCUUGCCCUGUCUUGCCCUGUAACUCAGCAGUAGGGCAUUGAACAUCUGUGAUGUACCAUAGUUCCUCGAUUCUAAUACACCAUCGAGUCUAAUGCACACCUCAAUUUUGAAACCUGGAAGCUGGAAUUUUAUUUUAUUUUUUGCUGGCGAAUGUAAUGCGCAUGUAUACAAGAAGAUACCACUAUCCAACAUUGUGCUACAAUGAAAAUGUUUAUUGCCAUAUACCAUAGUUGUGUAAGGGGCAAAUAAGGCCAUAAAAGGAAAUAAAAAGGGGGAGGGGGAGGGGAAUAAGUCGGUUGUGGUGUGCCGGAACCGACGUCGUGGGAGGCCUGUAAUAAAAGAGGGCCCACCCAUGAAGUGUAAUGAAAAGUAUAAUAAAGGGAGUGGAGGGUGGGGACAUGCGAAUCGUCAAAAUGAACGGGACUGAGGAAGGUGAGGAGGGGGGUUUAAGUAGGUUAAUAUGCCCCUCCCACAACUGCAGGCCAAGCCUUCACAUUUGUGUGAGGGGCAAAUAAGGCCGUAAAAGGAAAUAAAAAGGGGGAGGGGACCGACGUUGUGGUGUGUCGGAACCGACGUCGUGGGAGGCCUGUAAUAAAAGAGGGCAAAAAGGAAACCUGUUUAAAAGCAAUCAACAACCUUAAAUAACCUAUCUGUGUGGUAACAGUUGAGUGAGUAAUGAGGCGCCCGGCGCUUACAACGGCCCUCUAACUUGUGCAAGGGUAAGUAAGGAAAAACAUGUUGGCCAUCUAGCGUAAACUGGGUGUGGGGUAGAGAAAGUAAACAUUAGACUGCAUAAAUAAGUGAGAUUUCCUGAGACGGUGCUGCAAAAACAAAAACGUGGUGACUGUGGGAGAUAUGUGUGUUCACGAGAAACUGUAUAGCGGCUUGACAACAAGACUACCUAGUAACCUAGCUAAAGACUAGCGUCCCCCAAUUCUGGCCUACCUCACGUCUGUGAUUAAAACUGUUGAUCCAAAAGAAGGCGAAAAACCCAGUUUGAUGCGCUUUCCAAUUUGCAACAAGCUAGGGGAAAAAAUUCCUUCUUGACCCCAUAAUGGCAGUCGGAUUUAUCCUUGGAUCAAGCAGAUAUCGCCCUACAUUGAAAGUUGAUGCCCGGUCGUGAUGACAAGUGUUAAAUAGGUCUAAUAGUGAUUAUAAAACUUGGCUAUAGAUGGGAAAUCUGGAGAUUGGAAAAUUCCCAGAACUUGAACCCUUGAGUAUGGUAAAACUGGUAUGACGACAUGAAAAAGCGUGUGACUAGAAACCCUGUACAACAUGUGAAGAUAUAGACCGGAUAGCUAGAGUUGAUGCAAGUAAGAGGUGGCAAAAAGAAGCGAAAGUCAAUCGCGGACAACAUAUCAACAGAGACAGUACACGUGAUAUUUGAGACAGGAGCCUCCAAGGGGGAGAGGGUCCGAAAACACAGGCACUGCGAGUGCUAGAAAAAUGAGAGCCAGACGUGAAAGAAAGGCAACCACGAGCUUACAAAGCUGGCAGCCCACGAACAAGCCCAGAAAAGCUGGGAAUGGAAGCAGCUGCGGGGGAGGCCAUAGGCAGGGCCACAUUAGAACGCGUAAAGGAGGCACAGGACUUAUCGUACGAAAGAGGUGCGGGAAGACCGGUACGGAUCCAGCCAAAGGGCAGAUGCCAGUUAACCCAAACUGCCAUCCGACACUGCCCCAUAGCCGACAGCGGCGAAACCCAUGUAGGUGGACAGACACUGAGAGAACAGCUGACCGGAAGGCUGCCAUGGGGGAAUAAGCCGACUCAUGAGAACCGCAGCAAAUCGAGGAAGCGCCCAGGACCUGAGCCAAAACUCCACGGGGCGAUGAGAACCAGACCCAGACCUGCUAGAAAAAAGACGAAGAAGACCCCGCAUAAGCGACCCAACAUGCGCGUGAGCGUGAAAGAGUGUAUGUGUGCGAGCUGGCAUACUAGCUAAUGCCAAAAGGCGAAACAAUUAAAAACUAGGUUUGGUGACAGGUGAGGCCCUGCUAUAUGCCAAGCGGCGUGAGAGGCUCUAUCUAUGCGUUGGCGCGAGGGGAUAACGUGGCCACUGAACGUUGUGGCAGGGUGUUGGCCUCUCGGUGACAGUUAAACAUAAGAUAGCAUGGGAGUGACAGGUGAGGCCCUCUCUAUGACACAAUGCGAGGCGACUAACUAUGAUUUGGCCCGAGGGGCGUAGUACCUCCGAGUAUGAGGAUGGGUGUUGGCCUCGCGGGACCACUAACCUAAGGCGAAGAAGCCAGGGGGGAAUUACAACUAGCGGACACCUAGGACCCUGACAGACAGCCGCAGCUAACUAAGAGGGGAGGGAAGGCAGUGUGAGAGGACAGAUGUGCUGAAACGUGUAUUGAAACCUGUGAGGGUGAAUGAGGAAAACCGUAGUGCUGACCGUAACCGAAAUCAGAGUAAGCAUGACCAAGUCCGGGCGGACAGGCUGGAAGGAGGAAGCUCGGCAGUAGGUAACAGAAACUGUGGUGGUGUAAACCCCAUGGGGGUUACGAGACCCAGUGCGAGUGUGUGCGUGUGUGAGCGCUGGCAUACUAGCUAAGCCAAAAGGCAAAACAAUUAAAACUAGGUUUGGUGACCGGUGAGGCCCUGCUAGAUGCCAAGCGGCGUGAGAGGCUCUAUCUAUGCGUUGGCGCGAGGGGAUAGCAGGGUGUCGGCCUCUCGGUGACGGUUAAACAAAAGAUAGUGGGAGUGACAGGUGAGGCCCUCUCUAUGCAACAGUGCGAGGCGACUAACUAUGAGUUGGCCCGAGGGGCGUAGUACCUCAGAGUGCGAGGAUGGGUGUUGGCCUCGCGGGACCACUCACCUAGGCAAAGAAGCCAGGGGAAUUACAGCUAGCGGACACCUAGGACCCUGACAGCCAGCAACAGCUAACUAAGAGGGGAGGGCAAAGAGCGGGGACGUACAGUGUGAAAUAAAAAAAGAAGAGCGGACGGGGAAUGAAAAAGCAUAGGGGCAACCGCGACUGGAGGGCAGAGUGAGCCCGACGGAGUCCAGCCAAUUAGAAUGGAAAAGGAGAGUGGUAGACUAUGUGCACAUAUGUGAAACCAAAAAGUUAUAGUUAAUGCAUGAAGUUAACCUAACUUGUUGUACAUCAUGUGCUAUCCCUCUGCGCACCCUAGAAAACAGACAGGCAAGUCUAAUGACGAUGUGAGUGCACCAUGGAUGAGAGGGUGUGGAUGAUAUUGGAAUAAACCCACUAAAAUAACAGACUCAUAUAGAGUUCCUCACUGGCUUUUGGAAAAAAAAAAAAUAUUCCAGUUACCACAACAUGAAGAAAUAUCUGUCAGAAGAUAUUGAAAAGUUCCUAACAAAUGGCCAUACUGGAAUCUAAAUACAUUGAGGGCCCCUAAGAACCCCCGACCCAGUGAUUUAAAUAGUUGUGGUGCUUUAAGUCGGUAUAUGCAGCGUUUCACAGAGAAAUGUUGCACAAAGCGUUAACCUUCAGCAGUGGCAUUAGCUAGCCCAGAAGAAGUGUUAAUGUGAAUUAUUUCCAUAUUUGGCAUUGGUUGUGAGCAAGCAUAGCACCCUUGCGACAGAGGAGCAAUGACGGCAUGGGGCAUUAUAUCAGCCUCAUACUUUGCUCACUCUGCAAUCAAAUUGCUCUCCUUUACUUUCAUCUUAAAAAAUAAAUAAAUUCAUAAUUGAUGAGAGAAGUCAUAUACAUUGGUGUGGGGACUGUAGGCUGUAGUGAAAAUAAAUGGUGAAAUAAUUUGUUGCAAGAUGAUAUAAGAGUUAAAAUCGAUUAAUUGCAUCUGUGAUUUAUAGAAAGUCGAGGGUUAGAACAUGGCAGCAAAUUAAUUGUUUGAAUGCUGCUUGAGGUGUAAGCAAUAAAUGUAUUAAAAUAUGUUGAAUUUGUGAAAUGGAAUAUCCCCGUAUUCGUGGGAUUAACUAGCAUAAACUAAUAGUUGCCGCAGGGCAAGGAUCCUACAAAGACAGAAGAGCAACCUACCUCACCCAAAACGCUGCACCCGACACGCUGGCGUGGCUGCAUGGGCGUGCGACCGUCGGUGAGUGCAGACGCGAGACUUGCGACAGCGCCAGUGGCAGCGAGGGGGCUGACAGCCGAGAAAACCGGAGAGAGAGAGGCGCGGAGACGAGAAGCGUUGGAGCAGAGCAGAGCAGAGCCCCCCCCCGAGAGACCGGAGAAAUGACCCGCAAAUAUGGAGACCCAGGAAAGGAGAGGAAGGACGACCCGACAUGCGAAUCGUCAAAACGAACGGGACUGAGGAAGGUGAGGAGGGGGGUUUAAGUAGGUUAAUAUGCCCCUCCCACAAAUGCAGGCCAAGCCUUCACAUUUACGUUAAUGGUAUUUCAAUUUUAGUGUUACAUAAGUCUAUUCUUUCUUAAGCCAUCUUUCAGGAACAGAAUUCGCCAGUUUUAAUUCGCCUAUGUGGAUUCACCGGAAUGAUGGGUCCUCUUCGGAGCAGACAUUACUGCGAGAGUACAGCAAGGUCUAUAGAGGAUUCUUGCUCUUGCAGUUAAUUCCCUGCAGUUGUCACUGCUGAUGGCUAUCUGGAUUGACACUUUAUAUCUGCCAUGAGCCUAAGAAAGUCAGACAGCGAAGAAAUACAGACACAAACUAGUCCCUACUUUGUCUUUAUGUAUCUUUAGUGAAAUUUCAACAUGGUCAAUGAGUUUUUUUUUUUGGUUUUUUUUAAAAUAAAGAUUCUUUAUGACAUGCUUAUUUUUUCCCGGGGGAGAGGGGGAGGAGUCAAAGUUCACGGUGCAGUCUUGAUUCCUGUCCCUCCAUCCCGGGUUAGUUUCUUGGUGCCUGUUUCUUGGCAGGACCAGUGAUGCAAAUUUUUCUCUGCUUCCACAGUUGAGUGGUAAGCUGAACACAUUCAUUUUGGUGACUUUUUUUUUUUUUUCUUGUCCCAGAGAAAUAGACUUUGGGGACGAAUAUUCUGGCAUAAAGGUCCCAUUUUGAGUCAGUCCAACCAGAUCUAUCAUGUUUAGUUUGGUUCUAAAAUAAUUGUCCCCAAAGGAUGGUGUCUUAACAAUGUUGUGACAAACUUGCCACGAGCUCCUGGAGGAGCUUGCUUGCCAGCCUCCUGCCCACAGACUAUAUGCCUAGCAGGGAAACCUGUAAAGGACUAGGUAACUGGCUUGGUUCGUGCCUUUUCUCCUUUCUGUUCGGGAACCGAAAAGGCGCACAAACCAUGGACCACCCAGGAGCUUGUUAAACCUAAUUGACAGUUUGUAACCCGUUCCACUGCAGUGUUCUAAUUGUUCGUCCGGGUGGGCGCUGUUCGCAUGAACGACCAUGAGGUGGUGACCAUCUUGUUUGCAUGAACGCAGGCAGUGGUGUUUGGUCGUCGAGUUCAUGGAACUGAAAUCGGACACAGAAACUCAUGAACACCGCUGGAUUCCAUCAUCGCCUGCAUUCGGUUCUAUACGACUUAGAAGGGCACUGUUCGGUGGAAAUGUUCCCAUGAACAAGGUAAACUAGCUCCAGAGUAGAACUAUGGAUGCCCUUCGGUAGUUUGUUUUCUAACUACCGAACUUUACCGACCCUUAGCACUGAUUUCAUGGAACUGUUUUGGGCAUAGAUCGUAUAGACUACCCGGGAAAUUCCGAACCCGGAGGAUGUAACUUUUGUUGGGUUUUUAUGUGUUUUAAAGGCAUUUUUGGGGUUUUGUAAUAUUGUAUGUUUUUCUGUGCCUGGAGAUAAUGGAGUUAGUUCAGGUCCUGACUCCAUUAUCUCUCAGGCACAGAGGAGGAGUUUUAUACUUGUAACUAGUCCCCCCUUUCAUGUCCAGGAGAGGAAUUAUCCUGUUUGUGUGGGCGAGUGUCAGGGACGUGCUUAACUGUGUCUGAAAUUGUAUAAAAGCAGGAUAUCUGGCCAGAUUAAAACAUUCCAGCUUGUACUCCCAGAACUAUGUGUCGUCUGGUUACUGGGAGGGGAAAGGGCUACUCAUUAAUCACUGUUCCAGUGUGGAGGAUUCAAUGGGGAAAGUCCUUGUAAGGACUACAGCUCCCAGGACUGAGUGUCUUCCAGUGCCUGGGGGUGGAUAGAGCGAGUUCCCCAUUCUGCUCGGUACAAGGAGCUCCGCUACAAAUGCUGUUUGUUCUUUUUGAAUAUUAAUCACCUUUUAAUUGAAGAUUAUGCUUGCUUUAGUGUCCUAAUAAUCUUAAUUUUAAUAAUGACAGGAGGCGAGUAUUUUCAUAUCUCUUUACUAACUCCAUACAGCAGUAAAGAAACACAUAGAAAAAAGAACCAAUCACAGGAGAGCAGGAUGUACAUAAGGCAAUGUGACCUCAUCAUUUCCUCUUUCAGAAAGCGACAACAAGCAGAAGUAAAUAUAUAGCAAACAAUAAAACUAAUAAUAAUAACUCCAAGUUCCCAUGUGCGAACGAGCAAACUUCCAAAGAAUUCUAUACGAACACCGAAAAAGAGUUCAGGGUUGAGACAAAUCCGAAUAAUAAAAUCUCCAAUAGUUUCACGUGAACUGCCAAUUAUCUUCAGAGACGAAUCAUACUGAAAAGAGAAUGUGUGACAGGUUUAGACAUAGUCACGAACAUGUAACUCCAAUUAACGUACCACCUAACAUCCCAUUGGAGAAAAUAGUAACUAUAAUCUGAUAACUGAGUAAUUGUAAUGAGAACUCUAAUGAGGAUUCCAUAUUAAUGGAAGUACGAACAUAUCAUAUAAGCAUCAAUGUGAGAGGCAAACCUACCUUAGCCCCUGAUAUCUGCAAAGCAAACAAAUAGAAAGGGUGGGCAGCAAAGCAGGGGGGGGAAAAUACUCGCCUCCUGUCAUUAUUAAAAUUAAGAUUAUUAGGUACACUAAAGCUACCAUAAUCUUCAAUUUUACCACAUGACAGGAGGCUUCGUAUUUUGCAUUUUUAACGCUGAGAAAAGAGUAAAGAACUAAAUAAGAGUCCUAUGGUGUGCCUAGAAACCCAGUAUUCAGCGUUGUGGGGAGGUCUUCCCCUUUGAGCGCCCACGUAUACACCAUCUAACGGGAAAUUAUACAAGACCAAGUCUGACCGUUUGUCAGCAGGAUGUUUAGUCCUGUAGAGUGAAAGGAGAACGACCUCCACAACUCAUAAGCUGAAGAGGUAUGACAUUGGGUAGUUGGUAUCCUAGAGGAUCCUAGUCCCUUGGGCGUCCUCAGGUAGUGAUACGGGCUGCAGUUCCGUCUCCAUCCUCACAUAAGGGAUCAAGAUGCAGGACCGAACCAGACAGGCUGGGAAUGUCCAGAUGUAGGGGUAGGGUCGUCGCAUCCCUGAGUUUCCAGAUUCCAAAGAGGUCCAGUGAUCGUCCGCUGACCUGCCAAGAAACCCUCAAAGCGGGUCCAGGUCCCCAGGUAGCCGACCCUCCCGGGAUAGAAGAUGUGAGUACCCUACGGCUCUGAGAGGAAUUGUCAGUCAUGAAUGUAGCAGGAGAAGAUCCUCGCCUGCUCGAGAAUUUCUGUAAACCUUGUAAGCAUGAGAAGCAUAAGUCAUUUGGGGAGGUCCGGUCGGACGGAGCACGAUCACCAUCGUGCCUCGACUUAUACUGCCACAGUAGUAAUAUCCAAAUCAGUCGGCCCCUAUGAGAUGUGUCUCCCCCGGGAGACAGGUUGAUCUUCUGUGAAGAAGACUGGGAUUGAAGGAGCCUACAUGGUGUCUGAUAAACGUGAGUUGGUCCAUCCCGGUGGAUGUGAAACCUGACUGCCUAAUCUGUGGUUACCUGCAGUAUGGUGCAGCCGAUCUAGUACAUCUUUAUCAAUCUAUGUAUUGUGAAGUAUAGGACCAAGAAGUCUAGGUAUACAACGUACAGGGUCGCGGUGGUGCCGCGGAGAGUCGUGCGAAUAUUCACAAGUUGUGGAAUAGUCUACGAAUCCUCUGAGCAAAUAGUCUUCCACAAGUAUGGAGGUUCCAGUCGGUUCUCGGAUGAACGUGGGUGUUGACUAGUUUUCAGUUCCCUGGAGUGAUCUGAAUGAGGUUCUCCCAGAAGAGAGUGUCUCGUCUUCCCCGCCUGUAUACAUUACUUCUUUCGGUAGUUUAUCAGGGCCCACCAGGCUCCAAGCUACUGGAUCGGGAAAGAGAGGAUGUCCCCUGAAAACUGGGUAAGGUGGUCGAGCCAGAAGGAAGAAGACCGUCCUGAUGUGUCUUUAGGUCCUGAACGCAAGUCGGUUGACUACGUGAAAGUGGUCUUCCCCAGGAUUGAGUGCCUUUCAUCUAGAUGUGGUGAAAUCCCCUGUGGAUGUAGUAAGAGGUAUAUUGAUGGAAUCUGUGCGUACCGUGUUCUCUGUCCGCUUAUCUGGAGCACCAUUGGUUGACUCUCGCUCUAUAUGGGUAAUAGAGCUAGCGGUAGCGGAUCUCGGGUCAGAUGUCCCGAAGAGGCCGACAACCGUCUUUGUUGCCAACCGGUUCCAAAGAGUCCAUUGUAAGGUAAUCCACAUAACACCUCCCUCCCAGGGGUUUGGGCCCUUAUGAAAGCCGUGGGACCCUUGCGUGACUAAUAAGUUCCCUUCGGAACUUUGUGCCUUGUGUCUGGGGUUCCGACUAUCUUGGCGCCCAGUACCGCCAACCAUCCAUCAGUGCGGAGGAGUGCUGCUAUGGGCAUCCUAUGGGAGAGGCCAACACUGGGGUUUCCUGCGAGGAGCAGAAAUUGUUUUUUCAGUCCAUCUACCCAAGUUGUAUGCCCGUUUCCGGACGAUGUUUGGCGGCGUCCAGCAUCGCCCAUGGUAAGGUAGUGAAUCCUGAAAGACCUCCUCCGUUGGUCACUAUAGUUGUCUGAGCUGUUCUGACCGGCAUGGAAGGGCAUGGGUUUGUCCGACCGUCAGCGGAAAUGGACAUUCUAAGCAAGAGGCUGCAAAGCCACGAGUCAAGUAGGUUUAUGGUAGUAAGGGAUACUCCUGUGUAAGGCACAAAUCAGUAUUCAGGCACAGGAUGCAGGGCAAACAGAUCAGUCUACUAUGACAGUAGGCAGUGUUCACAGAAACCCUUCGCCCUGAUAGUGUCAGUCACCUCUUCCAUUAUUAAAUUCACCUCAAGGGGAAUAUAUAUUGUUAAGUAGGCGGCUCUGAGCUCCUGUUCAGCGGUUGUAACCACAUGCAUCUAUUCGGCAUUUUAGUGCAGUGCAUGCCUAGCCAGGCCCGGUGCAUAGGGCGUGGGCCUUUAACUGCAGGCCGCAGAAUAGGUACAGGGCAUAAACCCAUACCGUAUCAUGAUUCAUUUUCAACGGAGGUAUUCCUUCAGCUGUAAGACUUCCUUCGGUCGGGUAGUGUGACUCCCCCAUCGUAGGGGUCUCACCCCGAGAGCUACGGGUCUGAACCUGUAAGUGCCAGUCCCAGAUCCGAAGUUCAGGUUUUCUAUCCUCGAGCUCGCUGUUGAGAGGGGUAGGAGUAAAAGCAGCAGUGCUGUAGGGGGCUCACCCCGGUUGCACAGGGUAUGAACCCAUCAGUGCUGGCCAUCAGCCUGAUAGAGAGUGUCCUACAGCUCUUCCAAUGAUUAAUGCACCGCCAUGGAGGAUAUUCUGCGCUGAAGCUUGUGACUCUGUCCCCUUUUGAGCCGAAUAGAUUGGCUUAUACCUAGUCAGAGAUCAUCUCAGGUACACGGGGUAUGUACCCGUCAAGCGUGGGUCGCGGCCAAAUAAAACAGACUGGAUGAGAGCACAAUCCGUUUCAUUGUGUGCAAUGCACCAUGCAGACCCCAGCAGGGUGUAGUAGUGUGCAAUUUAUUGUCUCAAAGUAUCAAAACAACCUCAGCAGGGUGUGUGAUAUGCAGUAGUGUGCACUUAUUGUGUGCAAUUUAUUGUCUCAAAGUACCAAAACAACCCCAGCAGGGUGUGUGAUAUGUGGUACCCCAGCAGGGUAUCUGUUGUAGUGUAAUGCCAGUGGACCCCAGCAGGGUCUGUAUAAAUGACAGUAAGGUGUAAUAACCCCGGCAGGGUAUUCUGUAUCUGUCACAUAGUGUUGUCAAAUUGUCCCAGCAGGGCAAACCACAAUAUUGGGAUUUGAAUAACUGGGACUCACCCAGGAUUAUAGAGGUGGCCACAGAGCGACCUCCAAAAAGCAGCACGGUAAUGGGGGCAGCACUCCAGGCAGGCACAGGGUAAUAAGCCCUUUAGUGCCUAAUAUGGCAGUAAUGAGACAAAAGUGACUGACCUGAGGGAUAAUAGGAUAUAGCACUAGCUCUAAGCUCCGUCGUCUGUCGUGUUCUGACAGGUAGUCUUAAGUGAUAGGGGUCAUCUCUUUGAGCAUCCAUUACCAGACUGUAGAUUCCUGAUAUCCCUUCAAAUCUCCCAUCACUGAUAUGUACUUAUACAGUACCAUCUUGAUAGUCUGUGUCCAUGGGUGCUAUCCCUUUAAGGAUUUGGUAUCCCUUUUAAGUAGUACCACGGUGGUAUCCCUUUAAGGAAUAUGAGGGUGCUAUCCCUUUAAGGGAUUUUUGGGGGUGAUCUCCUCUUAAGGUUCCAGCACUUCAAACUAUACAUGAGUACGACUCAAAUCUGUAAAUAAUAGGCCAGUUAGAAUACUUACCUGGAUUUGAACAUGGGACCAUGAGGUCCAACGUCCGUGUCAGAGCAUCGUGAGCCGUGUCAGAGCAUCGUGAGCCAUUGAGAGCAGCUAGGCUAGCUGACAGCCCAGGUAUAUGUUACUCUCGAUCGCCGAAAUCGUGGUGGGUGAGAGUAGCAAAAUGGCCGCCCAUAAUCUCGCGAGAUUAAAGAUGGCCGCCGAGGGAAAAGGAGGGGAGCAUGGUCCCUGGAGCAGGGGAGGGCUGGCAGCCUUAGGCCUGGGGGGCAAAACCAGUCAAGUGGCCCAUUGCACCACCAAAUCAGUUCACCAUCCAUGCCCACCUGGUUUUAUAAAUGAUAUUGAUGUUAUGCUAAUCAGUAGCUCUUUGCCAUACCCGCUCCUUCACGGCUCUGACUUUCAAUGUUGUCAGAGCGCAGGCUGAGAAUCUCUGAGCCUGUGUUCUGACUCACUAACUGAGCGCCAGAACCAUGAGAGAGAGGAUAUAAUCUGACUGCACCUACUGCUGGUGCGCACCAGUGGACCACCAGCGAAUCAUUUAAAUUGAAUAUGCUGGGGUCCCCAACUUGUGAGCUGUGUUGGGCGCCUCUGUUGUCAUGGCACCCUGCGUGACCGCACAGCUUGCACACCCCAACGUCUGGCCCUUCUGACACAUACUGAUGUUACUACUUAGAAAUCCCUCAAUAUUAAUACAGACAUCAGAGUAAACACCAAUAAACUGUGCAAACAGAGCUGAUCCCCCCAAAGAUUUGCUGAAUGGAUUUGUUGUAAGAUUAAAUCAUGCCUCCUCCUCUCCCUCUCCCAUGCGCUGCGCUGUAGGCUGGGAGGAAGUGAAGAGUAAUCACAUUCUCCCAGCACAGCGCCACCUGUGGCUGCAUGGGGCACAGCUGUUUAAUGUAAUGCUUGCAGGACGGCCACCUGCCGCAGAACCUCUUUGUUCCCAUCGCUGCAAAGGGCUCCAGGCACUGCUUGCUGUGAGUGUGAGCCAUUGUAAAUUAGGGGCAGAGGGCACUUGCACUGCGGUAAAGACAGGUCUGGGCAGGAGGAGAGUGCAGUGCAAUCCCCUCUUGUGGGUCACCAGUAGACACAGUGUAGACACAGUGUGUGUUUACAUUAAAAAGCCUGCAGGGACCGGCUAUAGACACCAGAACCACUUCAUUAAGCUAUAGUGUCCCUUUAAUGUGAGGUAAAUUAUAGAUUAGUGUCACUAAUAAUAUACUAGAUUGCCUACUUACAACCAGAUGAGGAUGAUGAUGGGCUGCGGUUUGGCUCCACUGGUCUGGUGUAGAAGAGGAUCUCUGAAGGCUGUUUGUAACUGUGGUCACAAAAUUCAAAGUUCUAGUAGAAUGGGAAGCAGCUCCAUUUUUUUGGGGCCCCUUAAACAGCUCAAGGUCUGGGUCCCAGGGCCUGACGGUGAGUAUGCCCAUAAGGCCCACCUAAAAGUCCACCUACAUGUUCCACCCAUGAGUUCGCUCACAGGGAGUGGAGUGUGUAGGGGAUGUGUUAUGUGUUAUUGUAGAUGUAGAUCUAAUGUGUGUGCUUAUGGUAUGUAGUGUAUAGGGAUACCAGUUUGUGUAGGUGAUGCAGUGUAUUUGUAGUGGAGGCAGUGUGUUUUUGUGUAUAAGCGAUGUACUGUGUGAAUCUGUGUUUGUAUGCAUAAGGGAUGCAAGGUGUGUGUCAGUAGUGUGUGCAUUGAGUGUGUGUAUGAAAUGCAUUGUGUUUCUGUAUAUAUGUAAGAGAAGCAGUGUGUGUGUUUACAUGUGUGUGUAAGGGUUUGCAUUGUGUGUUUCUAUGUAUGUGUGCAAAGGAUGCAUUGUCUUUGUGUGUAAUGGAUGCAUUGUGUGUUUCUCUGUGUGUAAGGGAAGCAUGUUGUGUUUCUGUGUGUGUAGGGAUGCAUUGUGUGUUUGUGUAUGUAUAGGGAUGCAUUGUGUGUGUGCGCGUAGUGUGAAAGAGCUCCCUGUCCUGCCCCCUGUCCUAUAGAGCUCUCCCCUGCCCCUUAGUGGUCUCUCCCCCCCCAUUCCCUAGCAGUCACUUCUCACACCCACCCUCCCUGUGCUCUUCUCAUCCCCCCUCCCCCAAACCUACGGUAUUCUUUUCAGCCCCCUCCCUCCCUGUGUUCUUCUCACUCCCCCCCAUGUGUUCUCACCUCCCCCCAUGUGUUCUACUCACUCCCUCCACCCUCCCUGUGUUCUUCUCACUCCCCCACCCUCCCUGUGUUCUCCUCAUCUCCCCUUCUCUCCCCUCCUCCCUGUGUCCUUCUUACUCUUCCCCCUCCUCUCUGUGUUCUUCUUACUCCCCCUGUUCUUCUUAACCCCGUUCUUCUUAAUCCCCCGUUCUUCUUAAUUCCCCCAAUCCCCCUGUUCUUCUUAAUCCCCCCACCUCUCCCCCUUCUUCUAAUCCCCCCUUCUUCUUAAUCCCUCCCCCCUUCUUCUUAAUCCCCCACCUUCUUCUUAAUUCCCCCUACCUCUUCUUCUUAAUUUCCCCCCUCCCCUUCUUCUUAAUCCCCCCUUUUACUUAAUUCCCCCUCCUCCUUCUUCUUAAUUCCCCCAAAUCUUCUUAAUCUCCCCACCCCUGUUCUUCUUAAUCCCCCACCCCCUGUUCUUCUUAAUCCCCCCACCUCUCCCACUUCUGCUUAAUCCCUCCCCCUUCUUCUUAAUCCCCCACCCCUCCUUCUUAAUUACCCCCUUCUUCUUAAUUACCUCCUUCUUGUUUCCCCUCCUUCUUCUUGAAUUUCCCCUCCUUCUUCUUAAUUCCCACCUCCACUUCCUUCUUAAUUCCCCCUUCUUCUUAAUUCCCCAAUAUUCUUAAUCCCACCUUUAUGAUUCCCCUCCUCCUUCUUCUUGAAUUCCCCCAAUUCCCUAAUCUUCUUAAUCUCCCCACCCUCUGUUCUUCUUAAUCCCCCACCCCCUGUUCUUCUUAAUCCCCCACCUCUCCUUCUGCUUGUCCUCCCCUCCUUCUUCAAAUUUUACCCUUCUUCUUAAUUACCACCUUCAGCCAAUUCCCCCUCCCCUUCUUCUUAGUUUCCCCCUCCCUUCUUCUUAAUUCCCUCCUCCUUCUUCUUAGUUCCCCUUCUUCUUGAAUUCCCCCCUCCCUUUCUUCUUGAAUUCCCCCCUCUCCUUCUUCUUAAUUCCCCCUCCUCCUUUCUUCUUAGUUUCCCCUUCUUCUUGAAUUUCCCCUCCUCCCCUUCUUCUUAAUUCCCCCCUCCCCCCUUCUUCUUAAAUUUUCCCCCCACCCCCUUCUUCUUGAUUCCCCCUCCCUUAAUUUCCCAGCCUAGCUAGCCAAUUUCCCCCCCUCUUCUUAAUUUCCCCUUCUUUUUGUUUCCCCUCCCCUCCCCUUGAAUUCCCCCUCCCCAUUCUUAUUAAUCCCCCCCCUCACUUUCUCUCCCCUCCCCUGUAGCUGGCCGAGCUGCUCUGUUGUGCGCGGUGCCGGCCGGACUGAUAGGAAGGAGUGUGCACUUCCUGUCAGUCCGGCCGGUGACAGGAAACAGAAACUCCUGUUCCGCGCGGAGUUUCUGUUUCCUGUAACCGGCCGGACUGACAGGAAGUGCACACUCCUUCCUAUCACUCCGGCCGGCACCGUGGACAGCGGAGCAGCUCGGCCAGCUACAGGGGAGGGGAGAAUAUGUGCUGCAGCCGCCUGAGGCUCUUAACAGAGCGCUCAGGCGGCUGCAGCAUUUAAAGGGCCGGCCCUGCAGCGGCCGGUCCUGACAGAAUUUAGGGCGGCCUGGGGGGCAAUUGCCUCCCUGCCCCCCGGCCCAGCCCGCCCCUGCCCUGGAGUCUCGGUUGACGUGGUAUCAAAGAUGGCCGCCGCGUCAAGCUCAGGCUACCUCGUGGUCGCCCCUCAGACUGCCCUGCACCAAGGUAGUGGAUGUUGGAAAGCAUCCAGCACAUUACCGGGUGUAUGGUAUGGGGCAGCCUGAGAGAGCGAGGGCAGUGAGUCCGGCCAUCCCCCUGAGGGUUGUAGGAGGAAGGGGUCGAACGUAUAGGCCGGAAGAAGAGGUUAAUGCCCUGGAGCCGGUGGGAGCCGAUGGGAACCGCAGGAGGGGAAGGGGUUAAGCCCCAGCCAGACCCAGAAUCCCCCUGAGAAGGAGGAAACUGUGAAAGAGGGUCCCCAGGUAUAGAAGGCCAGGAAAAUCAUCAGAAAAGUCAUGAUACAUACGGUAUAAAGUACAUCUACCAUAACUAUACAUAAAACCUAUUAAGACAAUAACAAAAUUUAUCAAAACAAAGGAUGAAAUGCCUAUAAAACUGAUAGAUUACAAGUGAUAUUAUUCACAACUAAAGGUUAUGAAAUGAGAAUGUUAAAUCUACAUAAUAUCAAUGAAAUAACAUAGAAAAAACACAGCUGCACAUAGUACAGAAGUACAGCAAGAACAUACAGCAAAGUAUAUAAAAAAUAUAAUACAGAAACAACCUCAAAGAGGCACUGUAAACAUAAAGUAAUGGAGAAGAGUAAUAAUCUGAUCUGUCUGCUUGAUGGAGCAGCAAAGAAAGAGGAAAUGAUGAGGUCACAUUGCCUUAUGUACAUCCUGCUCUCCUGUGAUUGGUUCUUUUUUCUUUCUGUUUCUUUACUGAUGUAUGGAGUUAGUAAAGAGAGAUAUGCAAAAUACGAAGCCUCCUGUCAUGUGGUAAAAUUGCUAUAGCAUAGACCUAUUCAGCAGGGCAGUGCAAUGAAUAAAAGAAAUGCAAAUGAACAAGUUUUGGUAAACAGAAAUGAGAAAAAAAAGGAGGGACUUGCUCACGUGAGCUUACAAUCUAGAGAUAGAUUGCUAUUAAUCUGGUCCGUGCUGUUGGCUAUCUUACUGAAUAACCAUGGUAGGAUUAUAGCUGUUGUACAACCGAGGCUAAUAAGCAUACACACAGACCUUUUUAUUGUGGGCAAACGCCUUAG